GAAACCACGCAUGUGUUGAUCCGUGCUGCAGCAACGUGCAUCAGUUUCUCUCUGACCCCAGCGUUAAUCUGCAUUCAGACUGAGGCUCCACUGCUUUUUUCUCAGCUGCUCGGUUUCACUGUGGCUUAUUAUUACAAAGGGGGGGCUUCGCCGUCUGUGGCAGUCUUCUUUACGGGCCCCCUUGCUAGGCUGUCGGAAGAAAAAAAAAAAGGACGAGCUCCAACGAGACCAAGCUCACCGAUUUUUGUCAAGCCUGAUCUCACUCCACCGCACGUCCGCCUCGGGUCUAGAUUUGCAGACCCGCUCCCGCUAACGUGCGUAAUGUAUCGUAGAGAGGAAACACAGUAAAUAGACGGACACGUCCAUCUGUACUAAAGAGGAAACGAAGAUGGUGAGGAGGAUGAUGAUGAUGGCUUCACCAAAUUUAGCCUCCAAAAGCUCGACAGCAAUGGCGAAGCCUUCCCUCCCACUGAAGCUCUUUCUCUGGGUGUUUAUAGUCGUUAAUCUGCCUACAAGGUAAGACAUAACCGCCGGAUAUUUCCUCUAAAACUGUCUGUAUAUAUCGGCUACUUCGGUUAGCAUUUAUUCUCUUUUUAUAACGUCUAAAUGUGCGUCGCUUUAUCUCAAAUACCAACACAAACCAGCCGUUAGUGGAGGUUGGAGUGCUGUGGGGAGCUCCGUUUUGGGCAGAAAAUAAGAUAUACAAUUGGAAGAUGUUUAUAGAGAUUCAAUAUGGAAGUGUGGUUUCAUUUUUUAUUUAGGUAGGCAAAGUGGGAGAUUUCGAGUCUGUUUUUUUGACAGGAAACAAACGCGACGAAUAGGCACGGACAGCAUUUUAUCUUCAACGGUUAAACGGUUAUUCAAUAUCGAGCAUUUUCCUUUUAAGAUACACAUUUAUGCAAUGACAGUUAAAGCCCAGCCUCUCUCUCCCCCCUCUCUCUCUAUAGAAAUAGCAUAGUGGCAGGCUAAUUUGCUUCAAGCUAAGGCUACAUAUAGUCGCUGCUAAGCUAUCUUGAAGGAUCAAGUCUAUUCUAAGAGCCAAAGCCUCUUUAUUGAAGGAGUCAGAUGUGGUGUGAGGCUGAAUGCAAACAUUCACCGCUUGUAUUUAAGCUAACUCGAGCAUAAAUAGGGGGGUACAUUUCAUACAACGUAUUGAAAAUAAUAAAAAAAAGAUUUCAAAAUGGCAGACAAUCACAAAGAGAAUGCAAGAGUAAAGGCACAAUAAGGACAAGAAUAACACAUAUGGGUAGAGGGGGGAUAGGGGGUCUUGAAGAGGCUAAAAGCAGCUGCCAUUUCGGCUUAAAGGUGUUUAGGUUUAAAGAUUGAAGUUUGUUGAAAGAAGCUCUUUUAGUUGUCGCUGUCAGGACGACAUUAUUCCCGAGCAUUGAGAUAAGAAUAGUCAAGAAAGGGACGGAUGGUUAGGCUCCUUUCGCCGCUUUCGUCUUGUGCUGCUCGAGGGUGAAAAAUGGACGCAGAUAAAUCAGUCGACGUUCAAUCACCGUCAUGCUGAUGGCAAGCACAGGGCUCCCUGCCCAGCCUCCACUGUCAGGCCUGUGCAUCUCUUAAUUGUAUGCCCAAGUAGCAUUCACAAUAUGCCUGAGUAAACAUUACCCCUAGUCUCCCUGUACCUUGGUUUGAGUUAUAUUGGCAGGUUAUGGAUUUGACAAACUAUGCUUCAGUGCUUGUGUCUUAAUAAGAUGUAAAGGAUGAAGCAACACUUCUAAAAGAAUCAGGAAAAAAAUGUGAGUUUCGAUUGUGAAGUUCGGUUUGAAGGUAUGAUCUGUUGCUCUAGUUUAGUGUCAUUUAGCUGAGUUAUAAACAUAUAAUAGUUUCAAUACAGCCUUUUCGGUCACACUUUGUUUCACUUUAUCCCCAGUCAUUGCACCAUUAUUACAACUGUAUUACAUUUAUUUGCACUGUUGCCUCCAUAUUGUCAUAUUUGCACUAUUAUGUCCACUUCAGGACUGCCAUACUGUUUCCAUUCACUUUCUUCCACUCACCUUCUUCCUACUGUUACACUAUACUGUUAUGCUGUUUAUAUUGUUAUCUAUAUUUUGUAAAUUGAGAGUAUUUAAGGUAGUCUUUUGUUUCACUUAGUUGUUUAUUCUAUAUUUACACCUUUAUAGUUUUAUUCAUAUAGUUUAUUGUUUAUUCUGUAUAGCAUAUUUGACAGUAAAUUGACUUUGACUUUACAAUAACCAUAAUUUAUAAAUAUAACUAGUUUAUUAGUGUUUAAUCAUCAUUUCAAAACAGCAUAUAGAGCAAUUAUAAAUGAUAAAUAGAUAGUUUAUUAAUGUAAGUUAAUAGUUACUUUACCAUUAACAAGCAAUGACAAUCAAUAACUAUUAAUUGACCAUUUAUUAAAGGUAAUAUAGGGUUUAAAUAUUGGUUGUAAAACAACUAGAUUAAAACGUGUGUCAGUAGCACUUUGUAAAUAGUUAAUAUUUGGUUUUUAAACCAUUUAUAAACAUUACUUAGAUAGUUAUUGUGAGGUUAGUGUUAGGGUUAGGUUUUUAAAAUUGUACAACUUACAAUUUAUUAAUGGUCUAUUCUCUAUUUAUAAAUGAUAAUUAAACAUUAAUAAACUAUCUGCUUACCAUUUAUAAAUGGUCGAUUUACCAUUUAUAAGUUAUGGUUGUUGUAAAGUGUUCCUGCCUUUUCUAAGUGGAUUACUUUGGAAGUUAUUGUGAUUCAUGUAAGAGACCUCUUACAUAAGACAUCUCUCAAGGCCUCUGGCAUGCUCCGGGUAAUCUUUGCUACUUUCUGACUCAUUGUGACACUUACUAUGUGUGCUGAUGUCUGCUGUCUAUCAACAUACAUUAACCCCUGCGUACGGUCCAACUACUGCUUUACAUUGAAUUUGUCACAGCAUCCCGGUUUGGCACAACACCCUUUUGGUGGAAUCAGAAGCUAUUUUGUUGCGAAUGUUUGGGCAAAUGUGGUGCCAUCUGUCAAGAUGUGGGCUUCAGACAUGCAGGCCUGGGAUCCAGGAAGUGAUGUCACUGAUAGGAAGCCCUGCUUUGGUUUUCUGUGGGAGCAGGUGGUGUUUGCUGUUCUACAAACUUUACACAUCUAACAUUGUGGAGCAUUUAAAAACAAUUGGAUGAACUACAAUGAUUCUUUAAUAUCUUGGUAUAUUAGGACUAGUUUGUUUAUAUCUUUGAUAAACAGGUGCUUGUGUCAGUUUGACUGACAUACACACUGAAUUUAAACACAUGGGACGCAACAAAAAUCAAGUUGAUUUUGUCUUUUGUCAUAUGUUCAAGUUUCCAGGAACCAAUGGAGGUGUUAUUCAUGUCACUGGGCGAUAAAACGAUAAUGAUAUAUCGCUAAUUAGUUUCGCUCAAUAUAGAUAUGAAACAUGUUCAAUAUGCUUUUCGAUAGUCGGCAUUCUGCAAUGUUUUGGUAGACUAUACAAACAGCUAAUGAAAAGUGGAGUUGAACCAAUCGUGCUGAAUAAGAACCAAGUAGCAAACAGCUGCGUAGUAGCAGGCUGCAGCUACACGCAAUCAUAGCACCUUAACACAUGAAGCCGACAGAAAUACAGAUGAAGACUCAACAGAUGACGACAUCAUCGACAAAACUGGCAUGAAAACGUCGAUGGUGUGGAGGUAUUUUGUUUUUUUUUUGAGGUCGGACAUAAAUCAGAGUAAUGUGUACUGCAAAUUAUGUGGAGUACAUGUUCUUGCAAAGUCGGGGAAUACCUCAAAUCUUUUUCACCACUUGAAGCAGUACCUCGCGGCAGAGCACAUGCAAUGCAAAAGGUUACAAACCCAAAACAGAGCAAGGAGCCCAUGGCGCCUUUGCAGUAGAAACAGGCGACCAUUCAGUCCGCUUUCUCUAGUGCAACGCCUUACGACAAAACGUCAAAGAGACACAAAGACCUCACAGAGGAAAAAUGUCCCUCAGCAACCUAACAAAAGAACCAUCUUGCUUAACAAACAAAAAAUAAACACACACUAAGCCAGCACCAUACACCUACUCACUUAUCUGCAGUUGGCAUAGUAUUUUAUAAAAGCAAAUGACAAAGUGAGUCAUGUAAAACUGGUUAUCAAACAUGUACCUAAAUGGUUAAUUUCCUGGCUUGGAUUAGCUUGUUAGCAGACUUUGCUACUCUGAUUGCAUACUCUGAUUUUUGUAUUUUUGGGAGCUGCUGUAGGUUCAGAUGCUGUCAAACAAAUUCCACAUCAGACUCUUUUCAUGGUGUUGUAUUUCUGGCCCCCUCAUCAAACAACCUUGUCUUAAACUGUGGACCAUUUGUUUAAGUGUCCCUUCAAAUGGGACUCUCCUUAUGCUUUCUCCUCAAUCAAAUCAUCAGUAUUUAACUAUCUUUUGUCACCGCUCAUAAUGGGCCAAAGAUGUACUGUAUUAUUUUGUUAAGCUGUCAGUCUGUCAUGUAUGCCAUAAUAGCUAUAAUGUGACUUCACUGGAGUCUAAAAUGUGGUCGAUAACGCACAGUUGGCAGUCUGCUGUCGUUCUGUGUUGACUGAAGACACUUUUAUGAGACAGCAGAAGAUGACGAAGCACAUUGCUGCCUCUCACUCAUAAUUUCUGUCAUAUUUACCCCCUAGGGAGGCAUAGAGGUCAGUGAUUUUAGGUCUCAGGGAUAGAUUUGGCGUUUCAGCAGUUGUCAUAAUUCACUAUUACUCCAUUUUCCCAGGCGUUAUCAAAAUAAACCUCAUCACACAUCACACAUCUUAUUUUUUGAUUCCACUAUGACCAACCUUUUUACAUGACCCGUCUGUUAUUCAUUAUUCUGAAGAGCUCUGUGAAUAAAUUUAGAAAAAAUGUCACUGCCCUUAUUCCAAAAGGGUUCAGUCUUUUCUAUUUUAAGGACAUAAGUACGCAGAAGGUGAAGUUAGGAUACUUUUGAAACGUGUUUCAAGAUGUUUUGUUCCAACCUGUGGUUUAAAAAAAAAAAAAAAAAAAAGCACGAAAAUGCUGUAUUGGAUUUGGGCUCUCUGUAUGUACUCCAAAAAGGCAUACAACAAUCUUGUUUGAAUUAAAACUGAACGCACACACCGCCCUAAAACUUCAAAACACAGUCUUAAGGUCCUUUCACUCCGGGAAUACGCAAAUAUACGACAUGAAAUUACAAAAUAUUUGGACGCAAAUUUUGACGCGCCUGAUUAUACACAUCAAGCGCGAUGCGAUUUUGCGACUUUCCGGGUGGAAAAAGACGUGUCCCAGGUGGAAGCGAGAAGACUGACACAACAGCAGACUGACUGUUUUUCAGUUCUGAUCAGACACUAGUGUUGAGAUGUCUGUCUGUCAUGAUAGCAUGUACUGAGUCGGGGCCAGUACCAGAUGAACACAUUAAACUAUAAUCCAUAAAUGUAAGGUAACAACAGAGACCUAAUAGUGAAAAUACAUAUGGUAUGUUGUAUCUGAACAGGUUAGCUUACAAGCUAAAGUUAAUUAGCACAGAUGAAAGUUAAAACAAAGACGUUUAGCAAACUGUUAAAGAACACAAACCAUCGUCAUAUGAGAAAUCAGACGCCAUGACUCUCCACAAGUUGUCCUUCAGGUCGUUAUCUUUGUAAUGUUUGUGUUUUUUUUUAAUCAAAAAGUACUCUGUUCUCCGACACGUAAACAAUCAGCUGGUUGGCCAUGUUGGAUAUACCGGUGAAUCUGACUUCGCAACAACACGAAAUCUGAAUGGUCAGAAGUGGACACAGUUUGCAAAACUUGCCAACAGUCGUCAAUCAGUGUUGAACUCUUAUUUAGAUAAGCUUGUGAUUACAUGAGGUCAGGUAAAAAGAACAUUCCUAUACAGUCCAGGUGAGUCCAGUGUGAGGAUCAGAGCCAACAAUGAUUAAAACUUUUAAUUUAACGGAUUAAGCAGAGGCAAAUUAGAUAAUUGUAUUGUGUGUUUGUGAGAGGGGGAUUGCAGCAAAAAACUGGAUACACAAGACAAGAGCAGUUUGUUGUGCUGUUGCCAUGGGUGCAAAACCAAUUACAUGUUAGUGAAUAAUAAGCAUGUGGGUUCAUUAAAGUCCUGUUCCUUUAUUAGCUUCGGUUUGAAACGUGUGAGGAUGAUAGCUCAAGGGAACUGUUGUAGAUGCUAAUGGUGGGCACAUGGCUGUUUCUAUUGCCGAUUCUGCUACAGCUCCCCUCUUUGGAUAUUCUUUUUGAAGGAGUAAAACUGCAGAGAAGGGGCCGUCCACAGCUGCUGCAUGAGAAACUCCAGCUCUAUUUAAUAUUAAGAACAAGUUCUGACUGCUGCACACAGAGAAAAUGAGGGUACCUCAUGAUGAAGGCACAGGAUGCGAAGGGGUUCGAAUGUAGGAAUCGAACAGAUUGUCCUCAAUGUGAUGAGCUGUGAACACAACACUUAACUCCAGUACUCUCCCUCAUUAAACACACAGCCACAGACAUACAUAUGCAUGAAAAACAAACACAGAUACACUCACAAACUCAUAACAGCAUGCGCACACACAAGGGCACAAACACUCACGCUUAUAAGGACACACACACAUACACACACACGGAGGAGAAGACGUCUCUGUAGAUCUUCAGGUACUAAAUUAGGAGGCAAAACAUCAGAUCUGCCUGCAGUGGAGAACACAUGGUUCUUCCUUUGAUGUAUUCGUCUUUGGAGCAUUUCCAAACACACAGUGAUACUCUGCAAGAUGAAUAUAAAUGAUAACAUUGCAGCAACCCAAAAAACACUCGAUGAGUGUAAACCCUUCACUGCCUUGUUUAUCAUCACCCUAUAUAUAUCUAUCCAUCUAUCUGAAAGUCCAUCUGUCUACCUACUGAUCAACAGACUAUGUAUUUUUCUAUCUAUCAAUCCUUUGUCUACACAUGUAUCCAGAACCUAUCAGUCUAUUUCAAACUAUCCAUGAGCAGGUAUUAACAAGCUAAAGACUUUGAGAACCGAGAAGUGGAAGUUAGGGCUGCACAAUAUAUCGUUUGAGCAUCGUCAUCAUGAUGUAGGUGUGCGCUAUAGUCACAUCACAGCACCUACGAUGUUGGAUGCAAAUGAACUUAGCUAAUUUCAAGAGUAGCUGACUGAGAUACACUCCAUGUGACUCUGCAUGUGCUGUGCAGCCAUCCACCAAUCUCAGACUACCCUGCCAGCCGUCAAUCGAAAUCAGAGAGGAGGAAACCACGCCCCUGCACACGGAGCGAGUCGCUAGUGCUACCGGUGUUGUGCCGAGAAACGCACUGAGAAGUACUUUUGAAACAUUACUCAUCACUGUUAAGCCCCACAAAUAAGAAUUGUAUGGGUAAGUAGAGUGGGUGGACCACUCUACUUAAAGUGGUGCGCGUUUUGCGAGGUACAUGCAAUUCUCAGAGGACAUGUGUCUCUCGGCACAACACCGGUAACAACAACAACGAUUGCAAAAUGAUUAACGAAGAAGAGAAAACCACAGAAAAUUAAGACUUGUUGCCAAAAAGAAAAGCAACAUCAGUUAUCUGGAAUUAUUUCAGUUACAAGAAAGAUGAUGUCGACCAAAACACGUGUUCUGUGUUCAUCUGUUGCCACAAUAACGUCCCAGCACAGUAAAAGCAAGCUAAACAUAUCUCUAAGACAGACAGAAGCCAUUCUACUUCAUUCACAAAAAGAGGUAAGAUCAGUGCAGGCUAACUGUCCACAAGAUUUCAGCAUAAAGUGCUAUUCAGGUCAUCUGGUGAAAAUUCCUGUAUCUUUUAAUAUCGCAAUAUAUAUAUCGCAGGGUUGAAAAAAAUCGCAAUGUUAGUUUUUUCCAAUAUCGUGCAGCCUUAGUGGAAGUUACUUUAAGAUAUGGAAACAAAAGCUGAGGUCAAAAAGACCAACAUUGUUUAACUGCACUCUGAUAUAAUGAAUGUAGGCUUAGAUAAUUUACUUUACCUCAUAAUACUUAUACUUGGGGUUUUGGUGGGCUAAAAAACAUCAGGGUGAAUGUUUCACUACUUGCGCCGUAACUGUUCAGCCCUACUAUCCAUCUUCCUUUCUGCCCAUGUCCCUGCGAUCUACAUACAUCCAUCUGUCAAUGAUCGUGCAUCUAUUUAUGUCAGUCCACUGCGGUCAGUACAUCACUGUCUAUCCUUCUUGCUGUAUUCCCAUUUAUCCAUCAAUCUUUCUCUCUAUCUGUCCACAGGCAGGUGCACCUUGGGUAUUUUAAAACCUAAACGAGUCUACCCGGGGUAAAAUAAGAUAGAGUCCAGUAUUCUGGGAGAGAUGGCACUUGUUGGCACUUAACGCAGUCUAAGGCAGAGUGGUGGUCCAGUAUGAGUCCUCACACCCAGCCUGAGAACAUGAGAAAGCUAUCAGGGCUUCUGUCCUUGUGCUUUACCAUGGAAACAGUGUCUUCUUUUCUCACCAUCUCCGAUUCUUUAUUAUUUCAUUCAGAGCUUUCUAUCCCUCUCAUUGCUCCACAGCCUCAGUGAAAAGCUCAGGACUGUUUCAAGGUUGCUUCUUUAUGGUAACUGGAGUUGCAUAAUUUAUCAAGGGCAGUAGAGGCUUGAGGGUUCGACUGAACUCAAAAAUUGGUUUAUUUCUGUCUGUUUAUCUCUAUCUAUCAAGUUAUCACCUUUCCCUUUAUGUACCUGCGUGUUUUUUCGCACCAUGCGCUCAGAGACAAAACUGCAGUUCCAAUCAAUCAGCGGAAAAUGCAAAUUUCCUAUCACCAGAGAUGCAACCUGAAUGUAAUUACCACAUAAGGCGUGUCUCUUUAAUGCAUAUGCAUACAGUGUAGAUAGCACUUAUACAGAUAUAGAUUUCUGCUUGAUUGCUCAUUUAAUUCAGUGUUACCCUGGUCUUCUCUGUGUAGAGAAUGUGCAAAUCUCAGGACUCCAGACAAACUUUUUUUUUACUUGGAGCACAGUGGCCCCUAACUUGAAAUUUUAGAGGCGCAAACAGAAAAAUUUAGGACUUAAAAUGUUUUCCUAUCAUAUACACUGUAUUACCGAUAAAUACUUUGACUAUAAAUGCAGAAACUACAAGCUUAUAGACUCAUAUUUCAUUGUGUAGUGGUUUUGAUGUUUGUGACCAUGUCAUGAGCAAAAUCAUGAACCUCAUUUUUAAUGCCAGAACAAAUUAAUCCUCCGACAGAUGUUAAGUACCUCUGGUUUUGGUCUCAUUUGUCUUUUUCCGUUACAGAACACCAGUGUCACCCCCUCCCCCCUGUAAAGAAGUGUAAUUAUGCCACAUUUCCUGUCACACAUUAUUUUUUCCUGAUACAUAAUCGUUCGAUCACCUUCAUUUUUUUAGUUAUUCAACCUGAAAAAUCUACAUUUCAAAAGUAGAAGAAAACAUAUUCAUGACAGGAUACUGGGGAAAAAAUAGCAUUGGAAUAGUGGUGUUAGUGUCUGUGGGCUCCUGAGACAUCAUUAUCCUCUUAGUGUGGGACGUUUGAGGUAUAGUCGCAAACUCACAGCUCUCUCAUCAAUUUCUUCGACUUCCCCAUCUUUCAAUUUCUCUUCAUUAUUUCUGUUAAGUCACUUGGUUAAAUUGCACAAGAGCCGUAGUUGUUAUUAAGGGCCUCCUUGGACAUGGAUAUACAAGCUUUGGGCCUCAGUUAAAGUAUCAUUUUCACAGCUGUUUACAUUUCUUUAAUCACAUUUAGAAAGGCUGUUUUUAGAUAUGACAAGGCUGCCUCAGAAUGAAAUGCUGUUCAGUGAUACUUUUUGAAAGAGUAAAGAAAACUAGACUUUAGUUAAAGAAAAAUACAUUUUUUGGUAGUUAUGUAGUACCACCUUAACUUGAAUGUUUGCUUCAAAUCUGGGGAUAAGAAACAAAUUCACCAGGAAGACAUUUAGCGGUGCUGUUGCUGUGGCCUUUCUGUUAAACUGAGGAAAAGUAAUCCAAAUUGGCUUCAGGAGAUGUUUGGUGAGUGGGGGUCAGCUGAGUGGAAGCAAGCUCAGCCCAUUAGAGUCGGUUUUAAAACAUCAUACAGAUAUUUUCCCUGAUAUUUGGAGGACACAAAUAGGUAAAUCAAUCAACUUUUUGGAAGAUCUGCUCAAGAACUUUUUCUUUGGCACAAGCCACAAAAAAACCCCACAAGAACCAGAAGAUACAAUCCACAGGACUGUAAAAACUACAAAAGUUAAGAGCAAAGCAAACAUCUGCAGCAUAAAGUUCAGAUAAGUUCAGCCCUUUCAUCUCAUUUUCACAUCCAGCAUCAGAUUACGACAGUCUGUCUUAUCUAAUUUGGUCUAAAUACAUUAAGGGUUAGACUCCUCACCAUAGCACUGGGCCCUGAAUGGUCUGUGGUGUGAAUAUCGCGGGAUAUCAUUAUUUAACUGUUGGCUAUGUAUCAAAGAUGAUUUAUUUGUUAAUCUCAAAUUAUUAUCAUACUUCUCUUUAUUCUUCUGAGCAGAUUUUGUGCGUUUAUUUUGUUUUAUUUAAUGAAAUGUUGGGGAAAAUUUCCAUCGAUCUCUACAGUUGCAAUCUCGAGGUGAUGAAAGGCCCUGAAAAUAUUACCAAGUUGAAAUCUUCCAAAGACUUUCCAUCACAGUGUUUCCCCUCGUGUUUCUUCAUGAGGAGACAGAGUGCGCGCCUCAAAAGAAAUGAUUGAUUUCAUGGUUUUUCUCCCUCUCCUCCUCCCGCAGCUCCUUCCAGACCGAUGACGAUGACGAGGUGUCUAACAAGACGUGGGUGCUGACUCCAAAAGUGUACGAGAGCGACGUCACACACAUCCUAAACAGCCUACUACAUGGAUACGACAACAAACUCAGACCUGACAUUGGAGGUGGGCGCAGAUUUUUCACAGAUGAUUGGUUUAGACACUGAAUCAGUCGGGAAUGAAGCCAAGCUUGGGGGCCAAAUCAAACACAUAUGCUGCUGGUAACCGUCAGACGUGGUUACACCGAUGUACCGCAGCCAUUUGGUGUUAAAACGUGGGGUCACAGCAUCUGCUGACGCGUGGGACUAUUUUAGAUCCUGAAAGCAUUUAAUCCAUGAUUGUGUAACGCUUGAAGCCAGACACAGUCAUCAAUUAAUGCAAACCAAUCCCCAAAUUUAUUUCCCUGAAUGCAUCUAUUGUCCUCAAAACGUCAUUAGAUCCAGGGACUAUUUCUCUGAGGUGUUGCCUCUCUGUUUGUUGGAACUGGACUCGAGCAGCAAUCAGAGGUAGUGCAUCUCAAGGCACUUUUUUGCAACGUAAGAGGAAGCACUUAUUCACUAUAAAACACACAUUUAGUCAGGCUUUUAUGUGCGCAUACUUGCAGAGACGAGGUACUUUUUUAAAUUAAAGAAGAGAGACAUCAGCUGGAAAAGAGCUGAGAAAACAGCCUGUUGUUUACCGCAGGCUGACGACAACAGCCUUGUGUCAUUAUUCACUGGGUUUGAGAGGAUUUCACACGCACAAGGAUCAAAUGUUUCCCUCGGUGGAAACAAGAGGAUUUAACAUCAAAUGGAAAUGACCACUGUUUUAGACAGCGACAGGGUUUCCCAAAGAUAUAAAAAAAAAAAAUAUAUGACUACAGAUUUUCCCCGACAACAGAGAUGUUUGGAAUCAAUCUGGCUGCAAGUCACAUGGCAAAACGUCUAGAAACAUGAUUAGAAAAGGAGAGGAUUUUCCCCUUUUUCUGGUGUGGACAGUAAAUCACUGUAGUGGCAGAAUUUAUUAUCGACAGCUAACAACAUUUAUGGAGUUGGUAGAUUUUCAAGAGGUCAUGAAAGCGACUUGUAAGGAUGUGAAACUGGGUUGAGAUUUGUUAAAAUACUAUCAAUACAUUCAAGUGAAGAGAGAAAGUGCGUGUGAAGUUGAUGAAAUGACUCAACAUUGUCACUUUCACCAGUUGGCACGAGUCAGCUGGUCAUUGUUAUGCUAGCCAUGUGUUGUGUCUAAGCUGUAUCACAGCCACCUGCUGCUAACCAAGGCUGCAGCUCCAGUUAAUAACUACUGCCAUAAUGCUUAACUACCUGGGUGUAAAUACACACAGUCAAACAGAUGCUGUGUGGUAGCCACACUUGUUAGGCUGCAGAUUCUGUGAGCUACGGUGGCCCUGAGGUGCAAAACACAACGGCAAAUCGAAAAACAAAACACAAAAACAGAAAACGGGACAUUAACCAUUGUGUUUACUGAUUUGCCAUUGUGUUUUGUAAGUACGUACGUAAGUAAAAUUUAUUUAUAGAGCACUUUUCACGGAUUAGAAUCAAAAAGCACUGUACAUAAAAUAAGUGCAAUUAGAUAAGCAUAGACGGUACAAAAGAUAAGUACAGAUACAGACACAAAUACGAAUACAGUACAGGUGAGAACGGAAAUGAGUGCAGAUGUAAAAGAUUAGUAAAAGAGACAAACAAAACCCUGUUAAUUGAAAGCUUGUCUAAAUAAAAGAGUCUUCAACUGCUUUUCGAGAGUAUCCAUUGAGUCGAUCAAACAGAGGGAGAGGGGCAGAUCGUUCCAAAGUCGAGGGACUACGGUCUUAAAGGCCAAGUCUCCUUGAGUUUUAAAACAGGUCUUCGGCACCAUUAGGCACCAUUAAGUUCACCUGUUUGGCUGUAUCAAAGUAACAGUGCUCAAUUCUGACUAUUUCUUGAGCGUUUCUAUUUAUAGACUUCUCGUUUUAGAAUUUUAAACAACCAGAAAGUGAGAUCUCCGGAACAGUCUCAUUAUGAAGGCUUAUAAAUCUGCACCGUUUUAAUCAUUUAUUAUUCCUGUUCGCUUUGUUCAAGUCGGAGGGUAACAUGGGACUUCAAAGCUAGUACCCCAAUACUUCUUCUGACACUGACCUCUUCCUCACCAGGUGGUAGCUAGUAAUAAUGUUAGUCCUUCCACCUAAUACGUUUUCAAAUGUCUCUGCUCCAAAUUUGCAAAAUGAUAAGAAAUAAUGACUUUUUAAUGGCAUGAAAUGAAAAUGGUAGUCCAGCUGGAGCCGGGUUGCCUGCUCAUACUCACUGAAUUCAGGGUGUAGAAAUUGAACCUAGAGAGGAUUAAAUAUUCACAUGUUUCACAGUUCAUUAUCACUGCCUACUGGGCUGUAAAGUAUGUCCUUGUGUGUUGUUUUUGUUGUGUUUUGACAGGCCGCCAGGGUUACUUUUAAGUGUGUGUUACUUUAUUUACAUGUUGUAUGGCCUUGAUAGGUGUCUGUCUUUGCCUUGCUGGAGGCCUUGCCUUUCUGUUGUGAGAGGCAGACAAGUUGCUAACUCCCCUCGCUUUGACAGACGGCCGGGCAGGCCUCUCUUGUCUACACAAGUGCACAUACAUCCUAAAGCCUGUCACGUCCAUCUGCAAGAGCAGAACAGGAAGAUAUUCAGUACCCUUGAAAACUUGAUUCAUGGGACAGUAUUGUGCUGAAAACUGGCUGUAGUCAGGAUCUGUCACAUAUUCUGAAGGCGUAAUAAAGACACGCUACUCUAUAGGCUGGCAGUAGAUUGCUUCUUUACUCACUUUAAAGGUACUGACUGAGAAGUGCCUCAAUGCUGCAGUUAGACCGCUCCAUUUUAAUCAGUCAAUGCCACACAGUCAGAGUUGAGCCAUUUUACACAUUCCUUGUUUGCCUGGAGUUAUAUUCCAGGUUAUGUUGAUGAUUGCAAGGAAUGGCAGUAGUUAAAGGGUUAUUCCGGCGCAAAAUUAAGUCAGGGUCAAACACACCGCAACACCGAGUUAGACACCCCCUCGAGAGAUGAAUGUUGCCGACUGCUUGCUUCUCUAGUUAAACCAACUUCAGCAACAACCGCACGAUAGCAAAACACAGUGGUCCCAGGAGCCACGAGCUCAACCAAAAAAGGCAUCUAUAGCCACAAAUAAUGCUCAGAACAGCACCUAACUUCAUCGACAGUUCAUAAAGGGUCCCAGGCAUAGUAAUAGCCAUCAAACAUAUUUUUAGCUUUGCCUGGUUUCUUUAGCAAUGAGACCAAACACAAUCACCCACUCUCCUCCAGCAGCCGUUUGUUUGUGAAGGAGCACUGAAGAGGUGAUCACAGAGUGCAGCGGAUCAUUUCCAUGAAGUAAUAAUCAUCAUAUUAAUUAUUUUGCACUGCAGACGCGGUAGUUCUCCUGCCUUAGCGUCCGGUCUCAAUCCAUUUCCGUCAGGUAAUGAUCAUAAAUGUUCUUCCUUGAGCUGCGAAACUCUGCUAAUUGCUUUCUUUUACGUACCAUUUGAGAUAUGCUUCAGUUUUUGUCAUGGCCCCAAACCUUGAGAGAAGAGGUGUUGUAAAUGUGCUGCCUCAUCAACUGCUUCCUCACCUCCAAGCGCAACAAAAAGCCACAGUCCCUCGCUGACUUCCCUACCACAAAUAUUAAUAGUUGCCGGGAAAAAAAAAAAGACACACAGCCGGAGGAUCCACUGCAGGGGAUUGACCUCAUGCAGCUUUAAAUAAUGACUAAUAAAUAGACUUCAGUGAUGGCUCAACAUGAAAGCAGAUGAGCAAACCCUUCACACUCAGCUACUUUCAUGGUUUUUCCGUACACUGAGCACAUCUCAUGAAGGGCAUCAUCUGUAUUCUUCAGACUUCACAAGCCGGCUCGCGCUAUAAAUUCAAGAGCAGCUCAGAUCUGCUUUGAGGCGCCGCUUCAACGCAGAAGAGCUGCCGUGUAGCCGGGCGGCCGGCUGCCACCGUCUUAGCCAUCAUCUUCAAACGAGCUAUGAUCUCGCUCUCGCAGCGUUGGUCUCCCAGCUGCUGCCAAGUUACACAGCUACAGUGGGGUUAUAAUUAGCCGGCUAUACUGUCAUCGGAUCCGCUAACCAAUCAACCGAGCAAUCUCAACCAGGCAGAGCAAAGUUGAAAUGCAGCAGAUUUAGAUUCUUUGCCGAUUGUGCCACAGUCUCCCUUUGAAGUCCAUUGUGAUGCUCAUUUAAUUUUUAAUGCCCCUGGAGUCUACUGUAUGUAUAAAACCCAAGUAAAUAGGACAGAGACAGUGAGCGAGAUGAGAGGGGGGAGGAAAUCUGACAGUCCUCCAAGUCUUCAUUCAUAAUACAUCCAUGACAUUGACCAAGGUUAUUGGCUUUCAAAUUUUAACUACGUUGUUUGUUUGCUAAUUCUUAAUGUAUGUGGAUGCAUAUGGUCUGAGUCCACUCGCUGAAUCGACCAGAUUUUUAUUAGGAUGCUAGGGCGUGUGUGCUGGCAUAUUCGAUGUUGUCUCUGAAAGCUAGUCAAAUAUACGAGCAAAGCCACUUUAUGUUCACUGGCAUCACGGAAUAAUGUUUUCUUGGCAUCUGUGAGCGAGUUUAUGAGAUAAAUCCACUCUCCAGUUGGCUGUGCAAACAAGGCACAUUUUUGUAAUUUAUCAAAUUUUUUCUUCAUGCCAUGCCCAUAACCUGGGAAACGAUUCGAUUAAAUUACCACUCAGGUUUAACACAUUUAGAGUCCAGAUGUAUGAUCCCAGUGCAAAAACAUGCACGAGUUUUUAUGACAACUUUCUGUGUAACAAAAACCAGGGCCAACAUUGAGCGUUCACUUGUGUAUGUUUGUGUUAUGUGCUUUUUUCAUACAUUUUUAAGAGUGUCCGAGGCUAAAGUUGCGAUGCAGAUACAUGUAUGCCUGUGAGUGACAUGAAAAAUGGAUGAAAAACCGCAUCCUCUUCCCCUGUCCAUCCCCCCACUCUCACUAUAGCUCUCCUAUUUAGCCUGGAGGCCAGUUGAAUCCCUACCUGUUUCUCAGGUAUAAAAUCCAGUCAUCCAUAAACAUAAGCAUCAGUUUAAAAUGUAGGAGACAAUUCAAGCCGGCUUUAAGGAUCGGACAGAGCUGUCCAGUUUCCUGAGCUGUACUCCGUCUGAUCAUCACUCAAAACUGGUGUGUAGUAAAGGCACCAAGAGCAUAAUAAUGCAUGGUGGUGGCCUUGGUGCAACGUGCAAGUGAGAAAGCAGAGUGGUGUUGUCAAGACAUUAAAAUAAAACUACCUUAGUUAUGCAUUUUUAGCCAAUCAAGCUUCUUAAAACGAAGCAGAUCAUCAAAACUAAAUUACACAAACACCUUGAGGCGUUUACAGCAUCGAUGAUUGAUUACAUAACCAUCCUGGAAACUAGACAAACAAGAAAAUGUCAAGGUCAAGAUCUUGUUUCAUGUUUGUCUUUGUUGGUCAUGUAAUGCAGUUUUGGAAUAAUAUGCUGUAAAAUAUCAGACAGCCCCCAGGGUGUUAGCUCAAUAUAUUGUGUAAUUAUGUAUUGAUUACAUUGUAUGUUCAGUUCCCCUCUCAUGAUACAAAUGUCUCUCGGUUUUUUCUGUGUAUACUGCCUGCAUUUUGCUGUUUUACUCCUAAUCUUCGUUUUUUUGUUUCGCCAUUUCACUUUGCAGUUUUGAGAGUGUGAGGUAGGGCUGCACGAUUAAUCCGAUUAUUUGAUUAUGACGAUGUAAAAAAAAAUGUAACUGGUCAAAUUUGUUUUCUUCUCUAUUAUGUCUCAUGCCUCUAGGCCACGGUAGGCUCCCCCUGGCUUGGCAUAUGCACCACAUUGUUUUCAGUGGUUUUGCUUUGAGAGAGGAUAGAAAAACUUUUUAUUUCUAAUGUGAAGUUUGGAGAAGUUGUCACUGAAUAAAAACCAAAAUCAAAAUCUAAACAAGUUUUCAGAGAAAAAAAUCGUGAUUUUAAUUUUGGCCAAAGUCGUGCAGCCCUAGUGUGAGGUUUAAGAUGUUGCUGCAUAAUCUUGUUUUUUUUCACCUAGCUAUUGGACAUUUCCCUUUUUUUUAUUAUAGGUGAUGAAAAUAUCAACCAAAAUGAUACGUCACUUUUUCAAUACUUGUAUUCUAUCCACAUAACAUUCCCUCUCUCAUCAUUUUAAUCUUUUUUCUCAUUCUUCUUUGCAGUCAAACCAACAGUGAUCCACACGGACAUGUUUGUGAACAGCAUCGGGCCAGUUAAUGCCAUCAAUAUGGUGAGUGAUAUGAAAAUAUGACGUCACUGUUUCAUUACUGUUAUUGAAAACUGCCAAAGAAGAGCAUGCUUUCACUGAAUUUGUGUUUGUGUAGAGUUUAGCCGGAGCUGGCAGAGGUUCUGUGUCUUGCUCAAGCACACCUCAGCAAAGCAGAUCCUUACUGUCAUUGCAGAUUGGUUGGUCCAGAUAAUGACUAUGCUGCCCCCCCUGCCCCUGUAGUGUGGCAACACUAGAGAAGUGUCAAUCAGCUGUUUAAUGACUGCACCGGCCUUUUGCACCUCUGUGGAUUAAUGUCCAUCCAUUGCAUGUGUUUGCAUAAAACAGCUCCUAUUUUAAAGGAAUUCUGAUCAACACUUGUCCAGUUGUGUUUGUUUGGAUUUACAAGAAGCACAUUUGCAAAUGGCAAACACAGAAAUGUUCUUUUAAUGUCGUUGCCAAGAGUUUUAUCAGCUUCAAUCCGAGGUGCUACCUCUUUGAAUUCUUCGGUUCGUUCAAAUCAACAGUUUGUGGAUUUCCUUGGGUCCUGUUUGAAGACACCGACUCUUGAUCACUGCUGUCUGUCAAAGUUAGGGUGACUCUCUAAAAUUGCACUAAUUGAAUUUAUGUUUAUCAACUGCAGUGCUGUUUAUUUUCCACACCAAUUAUUUAUUAAAAAAAUUGUUUUUUCCCUCUUUGAACAGUUUUGAUUAGUCUACAAAGAGCAGUGAAAUAACUUUAGAGUGCAUGCAUGAAAGGUCUGGUUGACAUGUUCUGAAGCGACUAACCUCACUGUCAAACAGUCAAAAUUUUGCCCAAUUUAAACAGCAUUUGUGCACAUCGGACUUAAUCUCCAUUUCCUAGCUCAAAAUAUUAUCAAACUGUUAUGAGAUACCAUCUGUCGUCUGUGUUUGUUUUCAUCCGGGUAGUAGACUGUAAGAGUAUAGAGUAGCAGCAAUAAACAGCUACAGCCUCAUAGUUGUAGGUUGGUUGGCAGCAUUUUGGGCCUACAAUGUAAAAAAUUGUAAUAUUAAGUUUAACCAAUAAGUAAUUUCAGUGCUAAAAAGCAAGGAUGACAAUCAUUAAGUCCACUUAAAGACCCACUCCGAUAAAAAAAAUAAUGUUUUUCUUGUUGUCUACAUGUUCAUAUGGCAUUUUUCUGAUACUACGGGACAUAUCGUGAGAAAACUAAAUGCAAAAUAGCAUUCUGAGUAUUUCUUCAUUCAAAUCGCUGUGAAUCUCUCACAGACCCAAACAGCAGGCUCUGACACAGUGAGAUUUCUUACAUCACAAAUCCAAGCUCCACCCCCAGAGCCCCGCUAUGCAGGCCAGACUAAGAGAAGUAGAGAGGACAAUCGUGGCACAAGCGUGUGCGUUAGCAGAUUGCAAUGUUCGUAAGAAUGCCAAUUAUGAUAUUAACUUUCAUCAUGUCCCCAAAGACAUUAGUGUCCGAGAGCUCAAUAGUUCUAAUGUUACCUGCUACUUGUACUACACUAGCAAUGCUACAAGCUAGCAUGAAGAGGAGUGUUCAGAGAAGCGCUGUCUCUGCCCAUGACUCAGAGGCGAAUUGCUAAUGAUCUAUUGGAGCUCUGCAGAAAAAAAAGCUUUUAAAAAUGACAGUUAACAUGAUUUUGGCCAAAACCUUAUAAUCACAGUUUAAAGACCACUAAGAACACUCUAAACAGCGAAAAAAAAAAAACAGUCAGAGUGGGAAACUAACUAUAAAGUUGCAAUAUCACUACCUUUUCUUGACAUUUUUUCUGUUAAAAGAAGCAUCUAGCUUGAAAUAUCUGCAAAGCCAAGCCUAUGUAGCAUCUGAUAUGUUACUCUUACAAAGAUGCACAUACAUUUCUGCCAACGUGUGGGAGAUCUGCUUUUUUGUUCAUUAUCAGCUUCCAAAUUUCAUGUACCCUCAUCAUUAAAACUAUUAUUUUACUGUUGGAGGAGGCUGAAUCACCACAUUACAGCCAUGGGAUUCAAAAAGAUUGCCACCGCCAAAGACUGUUGUUUCCUUCACAUACCUUAUGUUGCUAGAAUACAAAUAGUAUGGAAUUUCUUGUGAUUGUGCCGCAGUUGCAACCAAAAUAGGUCAGCACGGAUCAUCUUGAAGUGUGGAGCAAAAAUGAAGUCUGUGAGAGUAAGAGAAGAGCUGGAAAAUCUCACAUCAGCUUGUUAAAAUGUCAUUGUUUUUUGUCGCAUGUUCCUGCUGUGAACCCACUUCUAUUGUCAUUCUGCAGAGCAGUCUGCUCGACAUGGUGGUGGCGUUUCAUUUAACUAAGUCUGAGCUGAAACACCCACUCUCAAUAACUGCAGUCACAGUGAAGCCAGAGAGGAAGGCAUUGAUGGGAUUGGUUCGAAAACGUGUAUCUGUGCUCCUCACUGUGUGUGAUGUGUGUGGUUACAUGAGACGUUGAAUGAUUGCCACACAUUCUUGAGUAAUCAGAGUGACUGGGCCGUCGCCUUCACAGUAUGACACGGCAAACGAGAGGAGGUCGGAUCUCUGAGGAGCAUCCGAGCGUGAAGACAACUUUUAAUUUUUAAUUGUGCGUCAGGAAUCUUUGAAAGUCGAACGAGAGAGGGAAAGGUGGAACAGAGUGUCUCUGAAGAAGAAAAGGAAUCAUAGAUUAGUGGUGCUUUGGUGAGAUGAGCGGCUCUUAGAUGAAAUGAAAUGGAGGGAGUGUGAUUCUGUGGAAGAUCCAAGAGUGUAUAUGGGUUAAAGGAAAAAAAAAAAAAGUAGAUAUUUAUCUCAGUCAGCAGGGCCCAGAUGAGGAUCCUGGAGCAUUCAGUCUUUUUCUCAUUGUUGGAUUUGAACUGUCACUCUAUGUUUUGUGAAAAAAAUAAAUAAAUAAAAGGAUGCUGAAAGGAUGGGAAUGUUGCCUGCUGAAAAUGUUGUUUUUCAAAUCUCGUUUGGGACUCUUUGGCAUGGAUUUAGGCUUUAUUGUUGGGCUAAGCUUUGUCAGGAAGUUAAUGCCUCUAUGCCCUCUUGCACACAAAUCCCCUGAUUUUUUUCUCUCUCCCUGCUGUACUUCACUUUGAACCGUAGGGCUCAACCAUUCCAAAUAACAAAAUAAAUAAGAAAGACUGAUAGCUUCCUCUCACUCACCGCCUUUAUUCUCCCUGUUUCACACUAGACCGCAUCUCACCUCUGCUCUGAGCUCUUCAACUCUGCCCAGGCGUCUAUCGCUCGCGUUUUCAUCCCUCAUAUGUACGUUUAGUGCAGCUCUCAGAGGGGCUGAAUAGCAGACAGAAGGUUUUGUCAGGCUCAGGACAAAGUGCUGCCAAGGCAGCGGGUUAUGAGGUUAGAUAAUACUUGAGCCAAACAAGGGGAAUUAUUAAUUGCCCCGCUGAACAUUUAAUUUUCAGGUUGAGGGCGCCAAGACGGUCUUUUUCAACAGAACUCUUUAGCAGGGACAAAGGGACUUGUUGGCCUGGAUAGACACCAUCUUGUCAGAGGAAAGUAUGCCUGCAAAUGUGUUACAGCAUUUUAGUUUCCGUUGGCAUAGACAGAAGAAACAGAGGAGUGCACUCGCAGCCCACAUUCAAUCCGAUGUUGUUGCAUUACACAGUUAAAAGCCGCACAUUGUCGACAGCAACAGUUGCAAACACAAAUGUUUGCUGGGGUUUUCCCUCUCAAACAGAGACUUUUCCGUCCUGUUUUCUUGUCAGCUUAAAAACCGGAAAGUUCAAUAUUACGAAUCUGCUAAAACACAAAUGUGAUAUUUUCAUCUUUCCUCAGGAGUACACCAUCGACAUCUUUUUCGCUCAGACCUGGUAUGACAGAAGGUUAAAAUUCAACAGCACGAUGAAGGUCCUGCGCCUCAACAGCAACAUGGUCGGGAAGAUCUGGAUCCCUGACACUUUUUUCCGCAACUCGAAAAAGGCUGACGCCCACUGGAUCACCACACCCAAUCGCAUGCUUCGAAUCUGGAACGAUGGUCGGAUACUCUACACCCUCAGGUAAAAUAUCAGCGAUGCUUAAGAUGACUUAUUAAUGAAGAAACACAUCAAGAUUGAUCCUGUUCAUGUAUGAAUGAUGGUGUGAUCAAUUGGAAUAUCAGCAAAAUCAUGCAGUUACAAAAUCAGUUUAUAUUAACGAUUGAAUAUAUUACUCUUACUUUACCCUUCAUAAAACAAAAAUGAUCAAAAUUACACAGAAAAAAACAAAGUUGUCUGUCUCUAAUACAUGCAUUAAAACUAGAUCAAGAAGUUGUAACAUUUCAGGGCCGUACAUUUUAUUUGCACUAUACUUUGGCCCUGUUUAUACGUAUCCCGCUAUUUAAAAAAAAGGAGACAUUAACCAUCAAUUGCACCCUUCAUUUAGACGCAAAUGGAGAAUUUGCCCCUAAAAAUGAUGCUUUUUAAAAACUCCGGCCAGAGUGGAGAUAUUGGAUUAAAUGGGAGGUUGUUUACAAUCUAUGCUGAUCAUGGAUGCAUGCAGAAUAGCAGUCGCAUUUAUGCUGGUGCAAUCCGCUUAUAUUUGUUUGCCUCUGUAAAUACAAGUGCUGUACGAUGUGGAGGAGCAGAGACAACUGAUUGGCUAAUGUGGGCUUGAGCUUCUUGCUACACUGCCACCUACAGGUUUAGUGUGCUCUUUACGGCAUAUGUACAUGGGUUAGUGUAAACGAAAACUCUGAAAACAUACUUGUGUAAACAGAGAGGGUGAAAUGUCCGUUUAUGAAAACAGCCGGGCACGUGUAAACGUCGUCUUAAUGUGUUGCCAUUAUCGAGCUUUCGAACCACAGCUAGCCAUUAAGGCAUGAAGCAUGUACUUUCAAAACAUCUCGAAGUACCCAACACUUAAAGGCCUGUCUCCACAAAUGGUUCAUGAUAGUGGUUAUCUGAGUGAUUAUCAGCCCUGGGCCGUUUUAAAUAUCAGCAUUAAUUAGCCUGCAGAAGCUCUGUGCAGCUGAAAGGGUCAGGAAGUUUUCAGUGGGGGUCAGAGGGGAUCUGUUUUAGACCUGAACUGAUGUUUUUAGGCAACCCAGCAUGGGGAAUCAGACCUCAAGAGAAUGAUUAUGCCUUUUUCACUGUAUGUAUUCAUGCUUGGGAAGGUCUCUUGUUUUUAAUUGUUUUAAAGUGAAGUCUCUGUUAAUGCUGCCAGAUUUUAUCAUGUUAUGAUGAUAUAGCUGCAUUCUAAUUGUGAUGCAUUCAGUAAUUUAUCCUGAGUGAGUUAUCUGGACAAGAAUUAUUCACUAAGUGCUGAUAUCUGGGACUUGGUGUGCCUUAAAGCUCCUGUCAGGGAUUUUUUCACAUUUACAUAAUGGACUGAAAUUCUUAUUGAUGCCUUUUAAUGAUAUACAAAAGCACAGAAGGCCAUCAGUGACAAGAUUGAUGAAUUUUACUCUUAAAAAAUUCAUCAGGAUGAGAUUUUAGAGGACAAGAAGGUCCUGUGAAUGUUUAUGAACAGAUUUGAUGAACCCUAAUGGUUCCCAAGGGCAGCAUCCUUGGGAAUGUGAUGAGAUUUGGUGAAUGUGGUGAGUUGCGUAAAAGCACUUUAAGUGGUUGUGACUAGGAAAGAGCCAUUUGAGUCCAGGUCUAUUUACCAUUUACCAAUCACAGCUGUGUGAAGACUCAGAGCAAAAGCACUGACUCUUAUUGAGACGGCUCCUGUAAACAAAAGGAUGGAUUUAAAGAAUUGUAAAUCAUGUUCAUAAUUAUAUUUAGCAUGAGAUCAUAUGCAGCAGAUGUUUAUCGUAACACCUGAGUACAUCAUCAGUGAUAACAGGAGAGAAAAUGAACUCUUCUGGACUCAAUCAAGCCGUGAUGGAUGUUCCUCUAUGCAGAACACUAUCCCUCCACUUCAUUAAUUUGUUAAGGAACUCUGAAUGUAACCACUGGUUAAUUAGGAUGACCGCUGUGAUUGGGAGGACAAUGAUACAUGACAAUGGCGCGUGCAUGGAUAGGUAAUGUCAUUUAAGGUCGUUCUCUCAUUAAGAGGAAGUUUAAUGACUUUGUCUUCAAAGUCUCUCGAGUAUGAAAAGCAGAGGAUGCGUGCGUUGCUCUAAAAAAACAUCAAUUUGGUUGAGUAAAAUUUUAAUUAAUUAUUCCUUGUGUCAGUGAUGAUAAGGUUAGGGAUUUCUUACUGUAAAUCAUUGUUUUGUACCAAGCUGGUUUGCAUCAUUAACUGAGUCAGUGGAUGUAAAUAUUGUGUCUCGGCAGGUUGACGAUCGACGCCGAGUGCCAGCUUAAACUGAACAACUUCCCAAUGGAUGAGCACUCAUGUCCCCUGGAGUUUUCAAGCUGUAAGUUUGGCCAUAUGCUCAUACCCCACUGUGUUCCCCCUCCCUCUCUUCCUCUCUUUCAGUACAAACACACUCACACACACACAGACUCACACGCACACACACACACAUACCCAACUACCGCCAUUCCCAUAAAAAGCAACAUAUGAGCCUAACAAAGACAUCACAGGGGAAAAUUAUGCAACAGGCAAAAUGAAGGAGCUCAUGCUAUAGUUUUUUAAGGAUGCCUUUACAACCAAUCUUAAAGGGAUAUUCCGGUGUAACUUUAAGUUAGGUUCAAAGACACGAUAACACCGAGUUAGACAUCCCCUCAAGAGAUAAAUGUUGCCGACUGCUUCCUUCUCUAGUUACACCAACUUUAGUAACGACCGCACAAUAGCAAUACACAGCGGUCUACGUCUCCAUGUGCAAAGCUUAACUAAAAAGCCACUCUAUAGCCACAAAUGAUGCUCAGAACAGCACUUAACUUCAUCAACAGUACAUAUAGGGUCCCAGCCAUAGAACUAGCCACCAAACAGCUUUUUAGCUUUGCCUAAUUUCUUAAGCAAAGAGACCAGACACAACUCACCCACUCUGCUCCAGCAGCCGCUUGUUUGUGGGGAAGCCCUGACAAGUCGAUCAUGGAGUGCAGCGGAGUUUCGCAGCUCAAGGAAGAACAUUUAUGAUCGUUACUUCAUGGAAAUGCAAUCAGACCGAGACGUUUAGGCAUAAAAACUACCACGUCUGCAGUGCAAAAUGACUAUUAUGAUGAUUAUUACUUCAUGGAAAUGAUCCGCUGCACUUGGUGAUCGACUCGUCGGGGCUUCCCCCUACAAACAAGCGGCUGCUAGUGGUGAGUGGGUGAGUGACCGCUGUGUAUUGCUAUUGUGCAGUCGUUGCUGAAGUUGGUAUAGCUAAAGAAGAGAGCAGUCGACAACAAUCAUCUCUCAAAGGGUUGUCUAACUAGGUCUUACGGUCUGUUUGACCAUAACUUAAUUUUAAGCCCGAAUAUCCCUUUAACCGUCACAUUACAUGUGUAUUUAAGCUAAACACACUUAAACCCAAAACAUAUUAACCCCAGAUGAUGGAGUGACACAGUGAGCCAAGAUGCCCGAAAGUGUGACAAAUUAACCAACAACUGAGGUCAAGUUUUUUUAAGAAAAUAGGCAAAAAAAGGCAAAGAAAUGUGACAUUACAGAGUGUAAAGUCAGGAGAUAGGAAGCCCAGAAAGAGAGCAUGUAAAAGUAAACUAAAGCUAAGUGAAAAACUAAUAAAAUCAAAUAAAAACACUGUAAUAAUCGUGAGCGCUUCAUCUUCACUGGAUCAUAGUUUGUCUCCAUUUAGCCAAAAUAGACAAUAAAACUGAGAACUAAUUCAGUGUAUUCUGUUUUAAUUAUCCUCAUCCUAAAAGUUUUUUUUUAAAUACAAAAUAAAUCCUAUUUAGUCUUGAAAAGGGGGCUCAUCUGAUGAUCAGGGCCAUGUUAUACUUUUGCCCAUAUGGUAUUUGUGCAGAACUUCAUGCUCAUAUUGAGUUAGAAUGCUACCUUUGUUUGAAAAAAGCCAUCUAACAGAUUAUAAAUAUCCGUGCUACAAAGUGAAAACAUUUGUCAAACCUUUCAUUCAUUCACACUAUGCUCUGGCAUUCAGUAAAAAGCUUUAAUAAUAGAUGUCUCAUUUGCCAACGCGACCAAAGGCAAAGCACGGAUUGAUUUUCCUGCACUUUGUCAAUACUGCUCCAAAAGGCAUUUCAAAAAGUGACACGAGUCCAAAUGAGUCAGUCCCUCCGAGUGCGGAGUGGCUGGGGAGGUAAGUUAUGCUAAUGAGGCCGCCAUGGAUCUACAGAGAGUUGCACCAUGGGAUACUCUCCAGAGAGAUCAUUUCCUAAAUAGCUUGAGAGCAACAAGAAAAGCAAAACCAUGGGGGUAGCAGGCCUAAAAAUGGAACAGAGGCGUUCAUUUAAAUUUGAUGAAAGCCGUGGAUGUUUGGAGAACUUUGAACACUGCUUGAUGUACAGCUCAUGAGCUCUGUCUCAGAGGCGGCAGGCGGAGCAGAGCAGAGCGCUGCAAUUUAUCACGCGGCAUAUUUUCUCAGCACGUGCCUUGAAGAUACAGAGAAUUAAAGGUUUGUGGAGCAAAAUGGUUUUGUUCUUUUCCACUGACUGAGGCCAGAUCAAACAGUUUUAAGCGUUAUACAGUAAUUUUUAAAGCCUGCUCCUAAUUUUUAAUUUUCUAAGUACAGACGCUGUUUUUAAAAACAACCGCACAACUAGCUCUAAAGUGAAUUUAUGACGUUUAUCCAGCUUCCCGACAGCACCCUUAAUCAAUAAUAGGUCGAGGCAGUAAUGUCUGUCUGGCGGGGCUGUAAUGUGGCAAACUAAGCAGAUCCCUCCAUCCCCCUGCCCCGCUCUCUGAGGGUCCGGCAUUACUGGAUGUCUGAGAGCACUUAAGUCGUAAAGCCAUUUAAAGUUUGCACGGAGGAAGUUUCAUGUGCAUUAUUCAAGCGGCUCCCUCCCCUGACCGGCCGCACACAGCUCAUCACUACACAGCAGCAGCAGCAGCAGAGUGGAGCUGAAGGAGCUGGAGAUGGCUACAUUCAGACCGUAACACAAAAAACAUUCAGCCAGGUUCAUUCACGGGAGCAGGAGGACAGUUAUCGAUUACGUUUUCAGCUGUAAUUCCACGUACUAUUAGUUGAUAAUAGUCAUGAUUUGAUUUUCGAUAAUGCAGAGUUAAAAAAUAAUUUAGUAGUUGUGGCUUUGAAGUCAAGUCAGCGUGAAAGAAAAAGGCGUCCUCUCCUCACAGAUGGACUGGAUAUUUUGUCAACAUGUUGUGCUGGAGACUGUUAUAUAAUACUUCCUUUCAUGACCAGUUAAUGUGCAAGCUAGCUCGCCGACUUUGUGGGUAUGAAUUCGACUGAAACAAAACAGAAUAUGCUCUGUGGUUUUGAUUUAUAUUGAAUGUGCACCAACACAUUUUUCAUAAAGCCUGAGAGGUUUGUUUCAGACGUGUGUGAAAAAGGAGUUAAGGCAAGUCUUUGAAAAUACUUGAAGGUGUUUUCCCACCAUGGCCCUCUCCUCUCUUUAUUAAAUAAGCUCAGUGUGACUCUCUCUUCUUUCAGAUGGAUACCCCAGGGAGGAGAUUGUGUACAAGUGGAAGAGGAGCUCAGUUGAGGUGGGGGAUAUUCGCUCCUGGAGGCUCUACCAGUUCUCCUUUGUGGGCCUGAGGAACACCUCCGAGAUUGUCAGGACUGUCUCAGGUAGGAAAACAAGCUGUUACUUUUCCCAACAAGACUCUCCAUUUUUUCAAAACCAGCCUCGCUUAUUCAACGCACGCCGACUGGAAAAACAUGAUGCGUGUCAGUGACAUCCUGUCGGUGUCACUUUUAGUUGUGUGUCCAAUUCUGUGUGUCGUCCACGAUUUUGCAUGACUCAACAGUCAUGCUAGUCAUGUCCGAUUUAAUCAGAUUUAGGAAGCCGUGUGCAGGCGGCGUCAACCCAAUGUGAUGAUGAUAUGGUGGAAUUUAAUUUUUGAAAAAUUGAGAGGCAUCAUUGUUAUCAGGCUGAGGAGUGCGUGUCAUUGGCUCUAAACACACGAUAAAAUAGGAUAAGCUUUUUUUCAAAUUUCCGUUCCUCUUCAAAGUCUGAUCUGUGAACAGUUGCAGCAAAUCUCUCGACUGAUCCGUUAGAGUCUCUCUUCUGGAAACAAAAAGGAAUCUGAUCGCCUCUGGGCGCUCCUGGCUUUAAAGAAAAUGGGAGACAACAUUGAGAAGUUUGAUUUUUGUUCUAUCCAAAGCCCAUGUCAAUAAUCAGGAGUUUUCAUACAAACUCUUUGCGUAUGUGUCUUGUGCUUUACUUUGGAUCCAGUUUAUGAAAUUAAAAACAGCCAAAAGGGGAGCUGGAUUUACCUUGAAAACUAUUCCACCGCGGACCUUCGACCCUUCAAACAGGGGCCUCAGUCUUCUAUAUUUCUCGUACAAGGGUCAAUGACUGAUAAGGUUUUUGGUUAAGGACAUGCCAAUUUUAAAAAAGCAAAAAUAAGAAUAUAUUUUGCAAAAUUUCAAACACUAAGAAUGUUGUGUAUACAAAAUUAACGUUAAAUUUUUAAAUUACACAAUUUUAGUGUUUUUUCAUAUAGAUGAAAUGCCCGUGGCCUUAAAAAAUGUCAUGUGGUGUGACCCUAAUUUAUCUCAAAACUAUUACAUUUUUUUCAACAUACUUCAUAGUUUUUUACAAAUUGUCAGUAAUAUCAAGUAGAUAGAAACAAAGUGUUUGCAUUUCAUUUGAGUUUUUGUAAAUAAUGAUCAAUAGGAGCAAUAGGAUAUACAAUAUCUACAAAUAUAACAAGUCCAAUUUCUUUUAAUCAAAAAACACAAUUUACUCACAUCUCCAUCCAUUUCUGUGACUUAAAUUUGACCUUUUCCUUUUCAAACAGUUGUUUGUCAUGUUUUUAUUUCUGUUUAGGUUGCUUUUAUUCCUAUGUUGUAAAACUAUGCUUUUAUUUUGAAAUUUCUUUCUUUAUUUUGAAGCGAUAUAAAUGAGAAACGGCUGAACAAAGGUUUGAAAAGUAUGACUGUUUAAUUACUAACCUAAAGAGGGACAAGGGCCAACACUGCAUUUUGAUUUACAAUGACUCAUGGUAUUUCAGGUUUUAAAAGUGCCGAGUCAUUUCUCAGGGUAACUUACACAGUCUGCUGCCUCUCCUUGAUUCCUUCUCUUUUUUGAUGACAUAUGGUGACCAGAGUGUCAGACCUCAGCUAUGAACUCACAAUAUUACAGUUUGCAUAAUAUGAAUAGUUCAUCUUUUAGUAAAGACAGCUACUGUCAUUACCCGUAUGUGGUGACAGCUGUAACCAUGAUCGUAUGUGCAUAUUUGUUUAUGUUUAUAGUCACACGAUGCCAGUCAGUAAUGAAUGUAACACUCUCAAGGGAAGUGUAAGUAUUCUUUACGCUCAUUUGUGGAGUGGAUCUCCAGCUGAAGUGAUUAAUUUUAGCCAGGGCAGAGUUGGUUUUUAUUAGAGACAGCAUCCAGAGGAACUGACUAAUACACUCGUGCUACUAAAAGACCUUUUAUAAAUCCCAUUGUAGAAUUGCUUACAAAGAUGUACAGCCUUUUCAACGUUUCUCUCCAAAACAAUUGCGACUCUAUAAAUGAUUUAAAUAGAAAAGCAUUUAUACAGCCCUCUCUAAACACCGGGGUGAAGGUGGCAAUCUUUUCUCUUUUAGCGUAGACUCAAUCGGCUUUUAUUACGGGUUAUUCAAUUUAUCCUAAUCUCUCUGUUAUGUGAGUAUUGAUCAGUGGUGAAUGGAUGUUUUUUGGCUGUAUUCCAUCUGUUUAGAAUAUACUGUGGGCUGAGAGGCUGGAGGAAGUGGAGUUAUUGUAGCAGACUUUUGCUGAAAAGUCAUUAUUCUUGCUAUGAUGUGCAGCUCAGCAUGUCUAGUUGUUUGGUGUAUUUCCUUCUACAAGAAAAGCUGGUUAAGAGAGGCAUAUGCUGUAUGGCCAGUAGUAAUACAACUGUAUUAAGCGUUAGAAGCUUUUGUGCACAGUGUUCUUUCUUUGCACAUAAAUUUCUAUUCUUGGUGACCCAGAUGUUGCUUUCCAACAUAUUUGAAUGUAAAUGUUCGCCCUUUUUUUAACUUAAAGGUAGUAUAAUGUAGGGCUGUCCCGAUAUGAUAUUGAUAUCGGAUAUUGGUCCGAUAUCAGCCAAAAAACAAAUAUCGGAUCAUAUUGGCCUGCAUCUAAAAUUUCCUGAUAUCAGCACUCCAAUACAAACAGCGAGCAGCGCCCGGAUCCAGCAUGUAGAGCCCACAAAAUCACAACAACAGUGUGUACUAAGGUGCAAACAAAGUAGCAAGAAGUAGGAGUGAUGUCGGCCUUGUGGCAGUAUUUUUCGUUUGUGCCAAUAUCGGCUCAAUAUCGGUAUCGGCCGACAUUGAAGGUUACAAUAUCGGUAUCGUAUCGGAAGUAAAAAAGUUGUAUCGGACACGCCUAGUAUUGUGUUUGGUGUUUUUGCAGAGGGUUCAGUUUAGGGCUGAACGUUCAAUUGCAUUACAUUGCGAUAUGAUAAAACAAUUUUCAAACCGCAAAGGCUGCGAUUUUUAAUUGGUCAUGUGAUCUAGUCACUUGACUAGCAAGCAAGCGGAGCAGAGCAGAGCAGGUAGAGAGAGUCAACAUUGCUCUCUGUUGCACUAUUGGCUGAUUUCGCUACAGAAGCUGACACUGCAGAACGUUUAGUACCAAAGAGGAGCAGCACGGCAGUUGUGUGGAUUUAUUUUGGCUAAAAAAGAUGCUGCUGCGCAACAUGUGCAGAACCUGUCGUGCUACUGUUGCUACAUCAGGAGGUAACACCACAAACUUUUAUCAACACUUAAAAGAAAACGCAACAACCUAUGUACAAUAUUAGAAUGGCGAAAAACAGCGGCGACCAGCGCUUCAACUUCAAAUCACGUCUGCAAAACAACGAAAAAGGCAUCCGAUAUGUUGAUGACAGCACAGAUACCAUACACUGCUCAGUACUAUGACGUAUAUGAAGGUGCGUUUAAUUAAUCUGAUAUUGUUUACUAUAAUACAGAUUGAUUUAUUGUUUGUUUGAUGAAAAAUAAAUACGAGGAGGACCCUGAAAAAUGAAUCGCUUAUUAAAUCAAAAUCACAAUAUUAAGGAAAAAAAUUGCAAUUAGAUUAUUUUCCAAAAUUGUUUAACCCCUUGUUUAGUUUCUGAUGGAUGUUUUAAACUCAUCAUGAACUGCAAGCUCUUCAAGAAGACACGCUUGAGAAAUUAACAAAUGUCAUACAACUUUAAUGUAGUCGCUUACAAGACAGUCUUCAUAGGAGGCCAACAAGCCAAGCUGCUGCAGCAAAAUAAACUCAAACAUGCUUGUAUGAACUCAAACACAUCAUAGCCACGGGAGUAACUGAGUUCACCGAGUCGGUCUGUAAUUCGCCCCAAUUCUACAGAGUGUCACUUCAACGUAAGGCUCACACGCUCGGGGGAGGCUGGGAGGGUUUGUGGCGUGCACAGAACAUGUGCGUUGUGCAACCAAAUGUUUGAACCGCAGUGUUGCAGGGUGAUUAAAAAAACAACAACAAAAUGUUCUUUUUUGUUUUAAUCAAAACAUUUUUCAAGAGAAAACAUGAAAAGGCAAUCUGCGUAGGAGGAUGAGCUGGAGUGGAGAAUUUGCAGCGUCCUCUCUCUCUCUCUCUUUCUCUUUCUCUCUCUGAUCUGGUUUGUUAUUCCCACCAACAGCCAUCUGCUCUCUUGUCAGAGCAGAGAACCUUGACUGUGGCUAAGAGACCUCUUGUCUCAUUUUGCAGUCAGUUUGGGUAUGCGACCUGCUUCGAGAUUCAUGAACACAACAUCUGUCUCCAAAAGCAGUCAGUUAGGGCCUUAUAAUUACCCAGUCAUCUUGAGUACUUGUCGUGUAGUUGGUGUGCUGGAGGUGCACAAGUAUUCCUCAAGAUGCUGUGUCAUUAGACGUACCUAUUUCACAUACGAGUGAGGAAUUCUUCUUAUAUCUCACAGAUAUACUGAUGAUGUAGAAAAUCCUGUUGUAUUGCUUUUAUAAGGAUAAACUCUUGAAUUUCUUGUUGAUGCUUAAGAAACGUAACACUGUUGCAUUAGAUUGAGCGUCUGUGAUGAGUUUUUACUGGUUAUAAAUCAGGCUCGAGUUAAUACUCUUGCCUCUUUAUAACCUUCUAUUAAAAAACAAAUCAUUAGGAAUUAAGACCGAGUUUAUUAAUAUAAUUAUUUUCAAUGUCUGCUGCAGGGAGAGUGUCAAACAGAGUUAUUUACAGCGCACUGCAGCAACAGACUAUUUUUAUUAUUCCCAUGGCAAGGAUUUACACGAAGCAGAAUACUUGAACACAUGUACAGGACUAAAUAAGUGGAUAUAAGAGGUACCGCUUUGUUCACAGGAACCACAAAGAUUAACACAAAUUAAAAAGUUCUGCACAGAAGCUUUUUACACAGCUUUGCAAUCACCAAUGUAAAAAUCCUUGACAAAAUAAAAGGUUUGUUAUAAUUUAUAAAUAGUCAUAUUUAAAGGUCCUAUAAGGAGUUUUUUGAUACUUAAAAAGUAGUAAAAAGCCAACCUGGCAACUUUGUCGCCAGAUUUAGCAACUUUUCAGACCCCCCCCUCCCCUUUAGGUGAUGAAUCAACUGAACAUUUUUGCUUUUUGACUGUUGUUAUUCAGUUAUCUAACUUACUAUCUACCAGAUGUAGCAUACAGGAAGUGAAGCAAAAAGAGCAAGCAGAUCUAAAAAUAUCAAAAUAAUAUUUUCAUUAUAUAAAUAAGCUAAUUAUUUUAUAUAUUGAUCAAUGUGUAAUAUUGUUCAUGCUUUGGCAAUAUUAACUUACAUGCCAAUAAAGCUUAUCUGAAUUGAAUUGGAAUAAAAUUGUAAGAUAUUUCAAAAUAAAAGCAUGACAAACAACUGUUCAGUGAGGCAUUGUUUCCUCUCCUCGGUCACAAGGCUGAUGAUAAAUCAUAAAUUUAAAUGAUUAGAAAAUAGAUGAUGACAUGUAAAGUAAUUAUUUAGUCAGUAAAGUUUUUGUAGUAAUGUGUUGAUCCACCCUUCUGUGUUUUUUCCUCAAUUUGACUGAUUGAGUUAGUACUAUAAAUAUCACAAUAAUAUUGUUAUGAUAUUUUAUGGCCACAUAAAAAAUCACGAGUUUAGAAUCUGAUAUCCUGUCAGCCCUGGUCAUAUUAAAAUACGAAUUUUAAUAUGGUGAUUUUGAGCUAUUUGUGCUGCUGAAAACAGCCAAUGUAUUUAUUUUUGUUCAAAAAUAAGCUACUAUAGUGAUAAAAAAAAAUAGUUGUUUCACUAUGCUGACCUAAAGUAAUGCUUUAAACAGCGCUGCACUCUCUAACCUUGGUUACAGUGUAGAGCAUUGAGCUGUGGGACUGUCCUCCAACCAGAUGACCCCGGGGCCAAACUCUCCUUCUGCUGUGUCCAUGAGCAAGACGCCGAAUCCCUGCCAGCUCAAGGCUUCUGUGUCUUUACUGUGCCCCUAUAACGCUAAAGUUAGAUACAGUCGUUCCUCUGAACAACUCUUUUUAGUUCAAGCACUAUGCUGUAUCAGCUGGAGUCAAAGCAGGUCAGGUAAGGCAGCAGAGGGAUGCAUAACAGUAAGCGAAUCAGACAGGUGAAUUGGCCAGAUCCUGACGACCGAAGCAAAUAGUCCGGAGAGGAGCUUCUCUUUCAUACUAUGAGACAAGCUAAUGUCUCCCAGGCUUAGCUUGUCUCAGUGCUGCUCUACUGUAUUAACAUAUCAGUGCUCAUACUGUCUGAGUUCUCCUUUUCAUCAAGAAAAGGAACAAAAUGGUCAUUGUUGCAUAGUUAGAGAGCAAUGGAGUGAUACAGUAAGUAAAGAGAGCUGGAGCAAUGGUUUACCAUCUGCUGCCCUGAUGCAGUGGUGCUGUAGCUUUUUAUAAAGGUGAUGUCUGUUUUUAUUUGUUCCCCCCUCCUUCCCUCAGCCUGUGUCCAAAGGCUGGCUCUCUUAACAUGUCACUUCACAUCAGGACUGCCUGCUCUGUCUGGAAGCCUAUACCUGAAUUUACUCAAACACACACACAAACAGAAAUGUUCAUCCACUCACACAAUCUCAGCGCUAGUCUAUAUUUAUAAAAAAUAAUCACUUUGACUUUUCCAUGACAAGCAAAGAGCCUUGAAAGGACAGCAGGGGACAGAAAGUAUAGAAGCCAAAGGAGAUACAGAGGAUGUGAAUGUGGGACAGCCGAAGCAGGAGGUACACAGCUGACGUUGCUGUGAAGUUAACCCCUCAGUGACUUCAGCCUGACGCUGGGAGCUGUAUUCUCACCCAUCUGCCAGGCUGGAGUUCAGGGAUGAUCAUCAGAGUGCAGACAAGGGCAGUGAGAGAAAAAAAAGAGAAUAGAGGAGGAGGAGCGGACAGAUGAUGGAGGAGGGGGUAGGGGAUAAAAUGGUGGUGCAUGGAAUCCAUGUUGCAAGUUUGGAGAGGGUAAGAGUAUUAGUAUAGAGAGGGUUUGCUUUUUUAUUAUACUGACUCAUGUCAUCUAAUUUCAGAAAGUCAUGCGUAUGAUUUUUAAUGUUGCUCCUUGGGUUUAAAAAGCAAUUUCACAAUUCAAGAGCUCACUAUUUUUGUUAAAAUUUGAUUAGAUCUCAUCAUUUUUAAUUAAAGCAUCAGGAAUCAACAUUAAAAACUCAUGAAAUAAGAAGUUUUAACAGCAGGAAGAAUAGUUAGAAGUGCUAUAAUAACUUAUUGAGAUCCUAAUUUCCCAAAGGAAACCUUCCCAAAACGACCGAUAAAGUUCUAUCUAAUCUUAUCGUAUCUGAUUUCCUAAUUAAACUGAUAAACACUUUAAAUAGGGUCAUCGAUUUAAUCUGGCAACAGAACACAUCAGGUUACAGGGAUAAUCAAAAAGUAUAAUCUCAUGUGGGGAACAAUUCAAUAUAAUAAUUAUUUAGCACAACACCACAUCCAAAUGUACUCUGUUGAUCAUUUAUAGUCUCUGUGAUGGUCAUCUUCUCAGCUCUAUGGCCAACAAAGCUGGGAAGAUAAAUGGGAUGAGUGGUGUAAAAGUGCUAGAUAAUUACAGUGUUUACCCUAAAGUGUAUUGUGCCAACAGAUACGCCCACCCUGCCAACAAGAUCCCAACUCAGAAAUUAAAGUCGUAAAUUAAUAUAUAUGUUUAAUUUUAAUUUUUCUCAAAACGACCCAUAAAAUAUAAUUUGCGCAAUUCCAUGUGCUGACAUGCUGCACCGCGUAGUUCAGAGGCCACGCCCACUGAUUCUGGUAUCCUUGUUGCAAACGCUUGCUGCUUAUACCCUGCCAGUUUUGCGCAGGAUGGUUUUGACAACCCGGGGUUCUGUCUCCUAUCCAUCGUGUUUGAUGCCAACAAAAGAAUUAAAAAAACGGUCAUGGAGCACCUUAUUGUCCCCGAACAUUCAGCACCCCAAUUGAAAAAAGAUGAUACAUAAUGAUGCGGACGCCGCACAUUCUCUUGUGGAUGCUGGCUUAACGCUAUGUUCUAGAUACCUUGAAUGUCGGAGCUGGGAAAGACAUUACAACCCAGUUGACGGCAUUCCAGUAAACAAGAUGGAGGACCAAGAUGGACGCCUACUGUUAGCCAUUGUUUUCAGUUGUUGUAAGUUGUUUUUAGCUAUACCAGUGAUAAACAAAGCAUAGCACAGUAUUUUAUUCUUACAAACACCAUAGCACCGUGUUCACAGUUAGACGUUGGGCAGUACAACAUAUACCACUUAUUUAAUUGAACAAAAACAAAACAGAGGUGCUAAUAAAUAACACAUUACAAGAGCUUUCACUGUUACUCUUUACUAUUGAUGGACUGCGCUGCCAUCUGGGAUUGUGACGUAGUCGUCAAGUCGGUGUUGAUGAAAAUCGUCCGACUUUCCAAGUCGAAAAUCCGACUUCAGGGGGGCGUUCCACAUGAAUUUCCGAUUUGGAGCUCGGAAAUCCCGUCUUCUGAGAUUACUGGAACGCAGCAUAAGCAUCCCUCCCAGCUGUGAAAACAGCGCUGGCUCAUCUUCCGUCACCCUGUGUGACAUAUGUCUACGUCACCCAUCGUUCACCCCUCUGCACCAAAGCGAAGCAGCAAGGGGAAACACUGAAGUACAUUCAAAAACAUGCUUUUGAACAAUGAACGUGUGAAGUCUUUUCUUCUAAAGUCACUGAAUAGUGUCACUAUUGUGGUGCAUUUGCAUAAAAAAUGUGACAUUAUCACAUAAAUCUAUUUGCAGCCAUUUAACAUGUUCCUUCAGAAGCGUAUAAAAAUGACUUAAAGAGCAUAGCAUGGGCAGGCAAGAGGCUGUUCUCAUCAAGCGUGAAGGAAAAUUGAUGCCAUUUGCCGCCCGUCCUUGUUUUGCAACCAGCAUCACUGAGUGGUUUUAAGUAAGACAUGUAGUUGUUAAUUUUCUGUCCUUUUAGCCGAGAACAAAUGUACGCCAUGUGCAUCAUUCAGCGCUACAUAUCUAUGUGCAUUUGACAGCAUUUAGAGUGCUUUAGUCCACGCCUGUGUCCAUGAAUUAAUGCAUGCUCCUGUGUCCAUUUGCCUGCAUGCACAUUUCAGUGUGCUCUCCACUGAAUCUGCUCAGUUUUUUUUUUAUGUAUUGAAGGCUAUUCUUAGAGUGACCUUCCAAAAGCCAUGGCGUGCAGCCCUGUUGUCUGUGUGCGCCCGCCUGUGUGAUUCAGUUUGAGUGGAGAGAGCCCAGGGACACAUCAGUGGCCCUCUCCCGAUUACGGAGCUCCACAGUUUGCAGAUGAGUCUUUGAUGGGGCGAAUCUGGAGGCAUCGCAGUUGAAAUGAAGUGACCCAACGAGCGGAAGCAGUCAGCGAAAUAAACACAUGAAGAGUCAUGCUUGUCGUAUACAUUAAUAUACAUCUAAGCCUCUAAUGUAAGCACAGUCACUCUCCGACAAGCCAAAGGAUUUCCCUUAUAGGAUGGCAGAGUGCGUCGUUUGUGCUAUCUUUAGGCACUCUGGGUUACGGAUGGAGACUUAAACCAUAAUUUAAUCCUCAACUGCUCUCCUACACACUCUUACACACAACUAAAAUAGCUGCAGUUCUGCUGCUGCAGUGACAAAACGGAGGGGAAAAGAAUCACAUCAAAAAGAUAGAGUCCUCAGGAUGUGCAAUUAUUUUAGGCCACACAAAGGGACUGUUUAUUUCUCUGUCCUUUUUGAGCCGGGCCCACAUGUCAAAAAGAUGCGUCAUUGCCGAGGAAAGUCAGUGACGUUUUGUCCCUGGAUUACGUUUCAGUUUCGUGUCGUAGGUAUGUAAUGAUAAGUUUGGUUUCUGUGUGGUUUCAUUAUUCAACUACCUAAAAGAAAAGCUGUUUUUUUCUUUUUUUUUUUAACACAAAUCCACUUAAAAGAGCGCUGGGACAUACGUGUGGCAAUAUUGUCCCGAGAAUUGCAGAAGCCCCAAACGGCACUGUGGUUAUGGUCACAUCAAAUAAAACGUUUAAUAGAAAUCCAAGGCAAAUUAAAGAGAAACUGUUCAAAAUCAAAUAUCCCUGAACAAAAAAUAAAUAUAUAAAUAUUUAUAUAUAUGCCACAGAGAUGGGGGCGCUUGUCAUCACCAGCCUGCUUUAAUCAAGAAGAUGGGGGGAGAGAAAAAGCAAUAAAAGCAAAAUGCCAAUACUUUCUUUAUUGUUGCUGAGACAUUGCACCCCUGAUCAAAUGAAACACCUGCAAACGCCGGAGCAUAUUGUGUGAAAUUAUUUCUGUUUCCGAUGCAUAAAUUGUUUUGAUGAGUAACACUUCAUUCAGGCGGAAUAAUUCAGAAUAAUAUAUGAAAGGAUAUGCAGGUACAUACAGAGGAGGAAAUUGAUAAAACGUUAAUGUAAUGGCUGUAUCAGAAGUCUUUUGUAAUAUAGACAUAUAGUAUCCCAGUAAUGCUGAGUUAAUUGAAGCUGCCAGUCGUAAUAUUUAAGAUAAACAAUCCAAUAUGCAUUUACAAACAACAUUAAAGCUCCUCUAGGUAGUUUUUUCAAAUUUAUGAAAUAGACUGAAAUUCAUAUUAAUUCCUUUUUAUGAUAUCCAAAAGCAAACACGACUAUCAGGGAGACAACUGGCUAUUUUUGUUCUGUAAUUUUUAAUACCCGAAACUGUUACGAGGGAGUAGGUGCCAGCCGUGCAGAUGAAGAAACAGCUCGGAUUUUGCAAUUUCCCUACAAAAUAUUCACAACUAAUGAUUCAAAUCACUACUCAAGCAUGUAGAAGGCAAGAAAAGCAAAGACUGUUACAGGAGCUUUAAAUUAAACACAAGGGUACAUAUGAAUACAACACAAUUAGUGCAUGGUAAGUUACUUCAUACUGAAUAAAGACCAUGGUAAUAGUAACUUGCACUAAUUAUCAGAUGAUGAUCCCUCACUGUGAAAACUAACCCGUGAAGGGACUCUGCUGCUAUAUAAGCUAUAUAAUCUCCCCCUUCCUUAUCCCCUCCCCCCUCUCUCUCUGUCUCUGUAUGUUCUCCCUCAUGCUCUUAGGUGAUAGUUGUGAUGGGCUGUAGUGGGAGGUAAAAAUGCUCUGACUCAGCCAGAAUCCUCCUUUUGUGAAGUUAAAUACCAAUUUACACUUUUCCCCAUCGGCUCUCCCGUCCUCUGCGCACAAAUACAACCUGCCCUAUCCACUAACAGCGUUCACAUUUACGAGUGUCUACUCCGCACAACCCCCCCAACAGCCCUCCCCCGUGCACUCUACACCUUCUCUACUCUCGGAAAGGAGAUCACUUUUAUUUUUUGCGCCCGGUGUAUUCCUGUGCCCUAUUUUUCCACCCCUCCCCCUCUUCUCUUCUCUCUCUUGCUUUUUCUCUCUUUCGUUCUUACGUGACAGUCUAAUAAGCCAGUAAUUAAAACCUGAAAACAGGAACUGGUGAUAGGCCAUAGGAGCAGAGAUUGCUUUGGGAAAAUAAGGCUCUUGUUUUCCUCCCCAUCGACCACCACCUGCAUAUCAAAGAGCGCCUGUGGUGCAAAGCAGAGGAGCUCAGAUUUAGAGACAUAGAUUUUCUUCUUAGUCUUUGCGGUAUGUCAGAUUGUCAGCCCUCUCAGUGUUUUUGCAAAGGUGUUUGUUCCUUUUUUAUUUUGAAGAGGACACACCAUGAAACUCAAAGGGAUAUGGAUUUGAAGGCAGUGGCUUAAGCUAAAAAAAAAUAGAGGUACAUUGGACAUGGAGGGGAAAGCAACCCACUUAUCUAAACUUAAAUCAAAGAGAAGAGGUUACUCAAGUUAAUUCUACCCUCCUUUUAUCUUCCUUAAUGAUCACAAACACUUCCAUGGCACAGCUGUAGUUAAAGACAACUUCAGGGAUGAUAAACUAGGGCACUUGAAUUUAUUGACUACAAAAUUACUGCCUCCCCAUGUGAGAAAAGGGAGCAAGAUGAGGGGAGCCAGUGGAUGUAAAUAAGCAAGGCUCGCUUGUUUGUCGGUUGAGUUGCCAGUAGGCAAAGAUGGAGGUCAUGGGGCGGGGAGUAGCAAGGAUAAAAAAGAAAUAGAGUUUGGGAAAAAAGAAAAAAAAAGAUGUUCAGCCAGUACUAAAGCAGGACAGAGACAGAGUCAUUUUAUCUCUCUGUUUCUGACUUCUGUUGGUUGAGCUGCCUUUUAAAAACAUCAUUCUCUUUUGGAAGAAUAAAGCAGACUAAGGCCAGACCCGGGUUCACGGGUUUGAGAUUGAUUUUGACAAGAAGAGAGUUUGAGAAUCGGUCUUAAAAUACAGGUGUGCAGUAUUCACAGACUCAAAAUGACUGAUUGUAGAUAACACAGAUUAGUCUCAGUAACAGUGGUUCAGGAGGGGUCUGGAAAGCCAACGAUGGUAGUCGCCACUUUGGUAACAUCAACCUUAACUAAAAUAAGCUGGGAUAAAGGUGGAGUUGGGGUUAGAGCUUUCAAACUCAGCAGCUAACCUGUCAGAGAAAUCAACAUCACAUCUUAUUUUGCCUAAUUGUGCUGAACUCGGAUGAUAUCAAAAUCGAAUCAAAACAGACAAUUCAUAAAAAAAAAUCAUGUGCAGCUGCUAUGAAUAAAAGAACAAGGUAAAGAGAUUAAAACUAGAACUAAAAACUCUUCAUUUCUGCUGAAAAGGAGUAUUUUAUAUACCUUAAAUGUGGCUUCUGUUGGCUUUUGGAGCCAGCCCCAAGUGGACACUUGAGAAACUGCAUCCAGGUGUUGACUUUAUUUUUCAACAGAACAGAAGUUGCUACUUGGUUCUACUGUGUCCACAUCUCAAAACAAUACUACUCUUCAUACUAUUACUUGCAAAGAUAAAUCUCGUUUUUCCAGCAUGAUAGAAUUAGCGUUUCAGUUAAGUUUAUUCAUAUUUAUUCGAUGCAGGUAAGUUAGUUUCAUGUUGGAGUAAGUUAGUUUCUAAAUGAUUGAAUUUAUGUUUGUUGUGUUUAGAGCUGCAGCUAUCAAAUAUUCUAGUAAUCGAGUAUUCUAGUGAAUAUUCUAUCGAUUACUUGAGUAAUCUGACCAAACGGCAGACUCACAUAUAGUGAGAUUUCCUACAUCACAAAUCCAAGCUUCAUCCCCGGAGCCCCGCUAUGAAGGAAAGACUCUGAGAAAUAGGGGACAAUCGUAGAACAAGUGUGUGUGUUAUCGGAUUGCAAUGCUCGUAAGAAAGCUAGUUAUGAUAUUAGCUUUCACCAUCAUUCAUUUUUUCCGCUCUGCAAAACCAAAACCGUGCUUACUCCUUCUAUCGUGGUGGCGUAAGCGUGUUGUGUUUAGUUAAAGGUUAAAAAAAUUCAAGUCUGCAUUUUCUGCAAAACAUUAAGAUACUAUAGUUGACGAAUAAAACAGGCAUAAAAGCAUCAGUCACUCAGCGGAGUAAUUGUUCAAAAGACUGAGCCCUCAUUGCUCAAUAAAGUGUUAUAAAGUUCUGAGCUAGAGUCCUAGAUAUUCCUCUCACUCAGCUUAUUGGCCUUGUGUAAUAUUCUGCAACCCAGGGCUUCAAAGUAAUUAACCACAAGACAUAAGAGGAGAGAAGCUCUGGAACAUUGUGUGUUUGGUGGGUUAAUACAUUUCAUUAGAGGCCAAAUCUCUGAGUUGCAGUGAAAACAGAGCGAGCUCUUUUCAGUGAAACACAAUGACAGUGAAGAACAUGUCACCUCAGUUCCAGGAAGGCACUUGAUACAGUUUUUUAUAUAUUAUUGUGGUAUUAAAAUGUUCCAGGUUUGAUAAUGACUCAUGUCACACAUGCUAUUACAUUGGCAAUCCAUCAAAAAGAGCCUAGUAUGGCUAAUCUGUGCAUAUUAUGCUAAUACAUGUCAUCAUUUCCACCAUAUCUGAGACAUAUUAUCAACAAGUCUGGCAAGGGCGACAGAGAUAUUAAAUUUCAAGUCAUCUAAGCUCUGAAUGUGUUUUCUCCAAUGGAGCUGCUCCUGAAUCUUUAUGAGGGGAUGCUUUGUUAAUAUUUAUGCCUGAUAACCAGGAUCAUGCAUGAACUUCAGCACAAGCAGCAUAUUUCCAUGAGGAAAAUCUGUUUCUUUGAGAGCACAUGUUAUUUUCUUAAAGUGCUUUCUUGGCGAAGCUCAAUGAUUAUCUACUCUCUUUAAAGAAAUUGCCAUCGGUCUGAAAAUGCAGAAUCAUACACCAGUGAUGUAUUUGGGGGUAUUUCAGUCGGUAUGUUGAAUCUGAUUAAUUAGAUUUGAAAGCUGAAAAUCAGGGAUCCAAAACUCUAAUCUGAAAGAGCACAAAGCCAUGGGCAAUGAUUGUCUCGGCUUACACUGUGCUUGUCUGAGCUUAUCCAUCAAAUUUACAUUUAUAUUACAGUGUUGUAAUUGUAGAGAUUUGUACGAUGUAACAUUAUGACUGCAAGUUAUCCUGAAGAUAUCUUUUAGCAGUGUGCUUUUUAUUUUUGACACUCAUAAUUCAUGACAUUAGAAUUUAAAAGAUGAGAUAGAGUAGAAGCUAACUAAAUCCCCUGGUAUAUGUUCAGUAAAACUUCUAUCUAUCUGACAUCACAAUUUUUAAUGUGCUGCACAGCUCAAUGAGUCAAAAGAGCUUCUUUAAACAGGGUUCCUACACAUUUGGAAUUUCCAUAAUUUACCAUACCCUACUUUUUGAAAUUAUUUUUGGAAAUACCUACUCUUCGUUUUUGAAGACAGUAUUUCAAAACUGUGGUAAUAGUCAGGAAACAUAAAUAUUUUUCCAUACUUUAUUUGUCAUUUUCCAUACUUUUUAAGACCUGUAAAUUGUUUAAAUUUAUUCCAUACUUUUCCAUAUUUUCCAUAUUUGCAUUAGAAUCCUGUUUGAAAGUUGAAAUGUUUUGAAUAUCAUCACAUUACAACAGUUUUAGCCACUGUUCAUAAAGGAGAAGGGGGUGUUGCUUGUUGAUAUAACUAUGAAAAACUAAGGGAGUCAGGGUUUUUAUCGUUUCUGUCUCUUUGGGAGUGUCAGCCAAAACAUGAGAUUACUGAAAACAUUUGUUUGCAAUGAAUGAUAGUGUUUAAAAAAACUGUAGAUGUUUUCCACUCAUUUAAAAGAAGUUGCCAGCAGAGGGGGACAGUGAGUCCCCAUGAAUCCAUACCUUACAGCUAUUAAAGUGUAUGUAGUCAACUCUUUGCGAGCAGGACAGCUAAACAUAUAGUUUUAGAGAGAGCUACACAGCUGCAUGGAAACUGCACAUUGCUGAACGAAAAAAAAAAGUACUCACACAGGCAGACUGUUUUCUCUUACGGUAGCACCUUUAACAGACUGUGUGACUCAUAUCUCCAAUUUUACAGUAAAUACCUGUAAUCAAAUAUCUCCAAUAUGGCAGCACUAAAAUAAUUUGUUUGUAUUGAAAUAUAGCACUAAAGAUAAAAAAUCGCAUUUGUUUUCUAUAUAUUCAAUACAUAUACAAGCGACCAGCAGAAGGGGACAGUGAGAUUUACCAUGAAUUUGUCCCAGGUUGAUAAUCUGUCUAUACCUUACAGUUUAUGAAGUGACCCUCAUCUUCUCUUAGUUAGCAGGAUAGCUUGAACAUAUGGUGUUGCAAAGAAGCUACACAGCUGCGUAGAAACUGUACAUUGCUGAACACUAAAGAAGUCGUCACAGGAUGUUUUCCAUUAGUGAGACUCCAUAUUUCCAAUUUUACUGUAAAUGCCUGUAAAAUGAGAUCGGUUUAAACGUUUGUUUGUGUUGGAAUAUGGUGCUCAAAAACGGCAAAUGCUUUCCAUAAAUUAAAUCUCAUUUUCCAGGCUAUCAAGUCUAUGCUGUGAUUUUAAAGUGAAGACACGUCCUGCCACCCGGACAAAACAGAACAUGAAGCAGGCCCAAAAAAACUAGAAUAUUAAACACAGGGCGAGGAGCGUGAGAUUCAUUUUGGGAAAUAGCGCUUAUGUAAUGAGUGAGAAUCACAUCUGUGAGUGAGCGUGCAAAUAAGAAAUAAUGAAGCCAUUUUUAGACGAGGUAUGCUGGAACAAAUAGAUAAAAUGAAGCAAGACGGAGAAAGAAGAGAGAGGGGAGGUUUGUGAAUGAGUCAGUAAUGUUGCUGUAAUGUGGCAUGAUGGAAGAAAAAAGCAUGGUUGUUGUAAAAAAUAAGAGAAAAAGCAAAAAGUGUGUUUACGUCAGAGAUAAUAGCUAACUUUGCUGAGCAAGCAUCCGUCCAUGUAGCUUGUGUUGUAAUUACUUUCUAGUGAGUUCAUGAAUUACAUGCUUCUUCACUAUGAUGCAUCACUGCCGAACAAUUAAUCCAAGCUAUGAAGUGUUGAGUGCACUUCAAACUGCUUGCAUGAUAGAAAAUCCCUGUGCCAAAAUCUAAUUGUAAAACCUAAGUUAUUUCAGUUGAUGCACUUUCCCUGGAAUAUAAACCUUACUGAUAUGUGUGAAAUGAAGUUGUAAAUUUCAAACUCAUCAAUAGUGGAAGUUUUUUUCCCCCUCCAUUUUUAAUAAGAGGCAUCAAGAGUGGAAAUAUCUGAAGAUGGAUUGUCAACCACAACAUAGCAGUUGUAGCCAGACCAUUUCAAAAGCACAGGAUGCAACGCAAUGACAACAACACGACAUAGCAUGACAACACAAAGUGAAGUGCAAUGGCACUGGUAAAGUCUGGAAGCUGAUAUGCUUUCUUACUCUAGCAGAAGAACACCACAUGUCCCAACAUUGAAAGGAAUAACUUCAACAUUAGCUGUGGGCUUAGGUAGCAUCUCAGAGUACUUGACGAAAGCAAAGGAAAAGAAAGGGGAAGGUGAAAAAAAAGAGGAAGAGGAGAGAAAAAUAUAACCUCUGUAAUUUGGCAGCAUUUCAGGUUGAGACCAAAUGACAGGAGAGAUCCUGCAAAUCUUGACGGGGCUGUCUAUGAAAUUUGCAUGACGAUGAUGACAGUAAGAUAUGGGAGCACUUCAAAUUUAAGGGCCAGCUUAUGAUCAAUUACCUGCUGACAGCUGCAAAGAAAAAAAAAAGAAAGAAAGAGCCACGUGCAAACCAUGUGCACAUUUUCCUAUCCUUACAGAUUUGCAAACCAUAGGCAAAAAUCACAGAUCAGCACCCAUGUGGUGUGCUCUCAGCGGAUGUUAGAGCUGUUUAUAUGAGACACUUUUAUAAUGAAGACUUGAGUCUAUAACAUUGUUCACACACUUCCCUGUUAAACUGAGUUACAUCAGGACAGAUGUCCGAAUUAAGAUUUUGUUUCUUUUCCCCUGACAUCUGUGCUCAACGGUACCCUUCGUUACUCUGCUUAUCAGUCUGCUCUUUCUCGCUCUUUCACCUGCUCUCACAGCAGCUUUAUAGUUAUUGACAGAAAAAUCAAAUCUGAGUUUAGUGCGGCUCCUCUGAAGUCCAGAAACAUGAGUUGGUUUUUUUCAAUAAGUCAUGGAUAACGCUGGAAGAUAGGGGUGGGAAUCACCAGUGGUCCCUCGAUAUGAUAUUAUCACGACACUUGGGCCACAAUAAAAUAUUAUCACAAUACUUGGGCCACGAUACGAUAUUAUCACAAUACGAUAUUAUCACAAUACUUGGGCCACAAUACAAUAUUAUCACAAUACGAUAUUAUCACAAUACUUGGGCCACAAUACGAUGUUGUCAUGAUACUUGGGCCACGAAAUGAGAUUAUCACGAUAUUGGGGCCACGAUACGAUAUUAUCACGAUAUUGGGGCCACGAUACGAUAUUAUCACAGUAUAAUAUUAGCACAAUACUUGGGUCACUAUACAAUAUUAUCAAGAUACUUGGGCCAUGAUAUGAUAUUAUUGCGAUUUUUAACAUUUUGCAAUCCAGUGAGUAUUGCGAUAAAAUAUAUUGCGAUUUAUACAAUUUUUUCAACUGUUUGGCUAAUUUAGCGUUUGUCUUUACUUUAUGUUUGUCUUAUCUACACAUUAUUUUAUUGUCAUGUAGCACAUCUUGCAAACCUUAAAUAUAUAUAUUUUUGUACUCACUUUGUCCUGCUCUAUGAUGUCAUUUCUGCCAACCUUACAGGACGAACAGUUGAUUUUAUUUUUUCAUUAUCAUAGAUUUGACUUCAUAUUAACAAUUAAUUUGAAAAAUCCAUAUUUGGUAAAUGAGACGAUACCAUAUAUCACCAGAAAAAAUAUCUUGAUACUGCGCUGUAUCGAUUUUUUCUCUCACCUCUACUGUAAGCCCCAGGAAAAAGAGGAAAAAAGUUAAAUGUGUAUGCCUCACGAGAAGCCUAUUGUUUACAACUUACACUUCCUCCCCGAAAAAUCUUUAAGAGUUGUAAGAAAAACAGUUUUGGCAGCUGCUUACUACCUGUCAUAAAUCCUCUUAACAGCCUUGCUCUCAAUAAUUUGAGAGCUAUUAGUGUGUCUGAGGGAGGGAUAAUCAUCUGUCUCCGUCACAUUCGCUACAAUGUUAACAACAAGGCAAUCAAACUCUGCAGCCUCCUGUCUGCUGUUUAAUCACGCUGCUGUGCCGCCGCCGUUACUCACCACGACAAUGCUGUGCCUUGUUUGCCGUGACAUCAUCUCGCCGCCCGCUGUCUUGGUAGGGAAAUCAGCGGUAGCCUGUGGAGACAAAAAUGCAAAAAGGAACUAGUUAAUCACUGGCACAUAGCCCCGAGUCAUGUCACAGAAAGUGGUGACUUAACAUUUCUCUGUAAGUAUUGUUGACCCUGGCAUGCCACCACAGCAUCACCCAGGUCAUUAGCAGUGCUCCUGUCUUCCUCACACAAACACACAUGCACAGCAGCAACCCGCUGUCACCUCUGAUACAGAUGACCCCUGACAGGAGAGGAGCUCAGCGAGACAGCCUGUCAGCCGCUCUGCUAUGUGUCUGGCUCGUCUCCCUUCAGCGGACAUCCAGCAUGUGCCUCAGGUCUCUCCUGCCCGUCCAUAUCCACAGCAAUUUACAGUCUGGCUGCCAUCACGAUCAUAUUCUCAUGUGACAUUUUUUUCCUUUUCUUUUUUUUUUCUUCAGGUCAGCAGUCUUGAAUAACCAUGUUUCAUUCCAACGAACUCCGCUGUGGCUUUUCUGCAAUAACGUACAGCCAUAUUCCCCCGUGAAGGUCCACACAUACAGAACGCUCAAACAAUCCCUUUACCGUAAUGAUGAUAAUAAAACAUCCAUCUUAUUCUGAUAUUCUCACCCAAUAGAGGGCUCAUCUCCCCUCCCUCCUCUGCUUUGAGCGUGUGUGAGUGUGUCUAAUUCCGUUGAGUGUGUUGUCUCUGCGGCUUUUAACAACAAAGCGUCGCUGUUCUCUGAUGAAUGAUCAUCCCCGCCAAGUUUUUUAUUGCUUUCCGUAGAUUACAUCAGCUUGUAGUAAAUCGCUUUUGCCAGGGAAAUGUGUGAUCCUAAUAAAAAUACUUCAAACCAUAUCUCAAUACAAACAAUAGUCUUGAGCUGUUGUCUGCAUGGUUGAUUUUUCUUUUUUUUCUCCGCUCACAGCUGUCAUCAGCAUUUUUCAUUCAUGACUUAUAAACAGAAAGAGACGAAUUGAAUUGAUAGCGAUGCAAUUAUAGCAGUAAGAAGAUAGGAUUGUAGGAAUUUGGACUGUUGAGGAAUUUUGAUGACAAAGAAAAAAAAUCUGCAGCUGAAUGGUCGGGUGUUAAAUCACGAGAGAAACCAGAACAUAAAGUUGAACGAAUCAUUAUGAAGGAGUUGGGGGAGAAGCUGCCAAUGAAAUCACGCUACAUGUGGGCGUUGUUUGACAGAUGUGGAAGGCUGUGAGAUCACCCCAUUGUGUUUGACAGCUUCUUUCAAACAUAUAUAUAGGUAUACAUUUAACCCGAGAGGUAGCAGCUUUGAAGCAAGACUUUUUCCAUAGACCCUGUGAAAAUCAUGUGUGAACACUCUUGUGAACACGCCCGCCGCCCUUGGCGUUGACAGAUAGGGAGAUCUAGCUGAGGUGAGUCUGAGGGCUCCUAUUAGGAGGAGAGCUGGCACACAAAGGCGUGGAUGCUUUGAUAUUCCAGCUGCAUUCUCAUGAAAAGUAACAGGGACCUGUUUUUCCACACACAGGGGUAUACAUUGGUGCAUAUACAAACAUGAGUAUAUAUGUGAACAUGUUCUAUCGUUCAAAAAAAGGGCAACGACACGAGCAAAAUAGGACUUCUGGUAUUGUAAGAGGCUUCAGCAAAAGUAUGGAUGGUAAAGGUGAUGUUUCUUUCUUCUUAUAAUUGCUGGUAAAUCAAUAUUUAACGCCCCUUAUGUAUGUGUAAAGGUCUCCGUCUGUUUUUAUAUAUUCCAGAUGAAUCAAAAACAAAGUGGAAUAAUUUCAGGCGUUUUUGUUUGAAUCUUGAUGAUCACAGCUUACAGCUUAUGAAAAUCAAAACUCGACUAAUCGUAAACAACUUUGUACAUCUGCGAAGGUUUAUUUAGCUUUAUUCUCCACAACCACAAUCAUGGAGAAGACAGCUGACUGUAAGGUCGAUCAGAACACGAUCAUUGACACCCUCCCCAAGGAGGAUAAACCACAAAGGUCCCAAAAUCUGGAAGAUGAUUGAAGAUAGAAAUUAGGCAAAGUUAAAAAGAUGUUUGGUGGCUAGUACUAUGUCUGGGACCCUAUAUGUACUGUUGAUGAAGUUAGGUGCUGUUCUGAGCAUUUUUGUGGCUAUAGAGUGGCUUUUUGGUUGAGGUUUGUUUAUGGCUCCUCAGACCGCUGUGUAUUGCUAUCAUGCGGUCGUUACUAAAGUUGGAUAAAACUAGAGAAGCAAGCGGUCGGCAACAUUCAUCUCUCGAGAGGGUGUCUUAUGGUGUGUUUAACCGGAAUAUCCCUUUAAGUCCAGAGUCAUUGCAGCCUAAAGUCUACCAGGAGAUUGUGGAACACUACAUGCUUCUAUCUGCUGAAACACAGAUUUCCUUUUCCAACAGGACUUGGCACCCGCCAACAGCACCAAAACUACCAGAAACUGGUUUGCUGACCGUGCUAUUACUGUGUUUAAUUGGCCAGCCAACUGGUUUGAACCCCGUAGAGAAUUCUGGGGGUAUCAUUAAGAGAAAGAUGAGAGACACCAGAGCAACAACACAGAUGAGCUGAAGGAGCUUUCAAAGCAACACUGACUGUCUCCAAAAGAAGCCCCGACUUAGGACUGAGUGUAUACACUUCUGCAGCCAUAUUUAUCAAGAUUUAAGCAAAAAAGAAGCUAUAAUGAUAAAAUUUGGAUCACUGAUAUAUAAGAGUGGUGUAAAAAGAUGGCAAACCCAACUCAAACUGACCAUCUAAAAUCCACUCAGGUGGGUAAUCAAGAGAAAAUGAACAUGCGAAUUAAAAACUCAGCAUUAUAGAAGCCUUUGCAGAGUCCACUAAUUGUGUUGGGACCUGCAGCCUUAGUUGUUCAUUCCCCACAUAAUGUCGGGGAAUCCCUGCCAAACUUUUUAAACCAUUUUGUUUUCAGUGGAAUCAGGAAGUCAUCGACAAAGGGAUGCAGUACUACAGAGCUGUAAUGGCAGGCGGUCUGAUACAGAUACAUCAGCCUGCCUGGAUGGAGGGCACUGGUCGAUAGCAACUCCUCAAAGUGUCUUCCUGGCAAGCGCUGCGUCCUUUAAUGAAAGCGGCAAACAGACGAAGAGACCAGGGUCUUACACCGGUCGACCUCACCCCUGUGGUGGAAAUCCCAUUAUCAUUAAGAGUCUGAGGUAAUGUGAAGAAGGCUUUGAGCUGCUGACCAAGCUGGAAGAAGUGUAUUAACCGGCAGUUUCUCAGCUGUCAGGGGUCCCGGUUUUGGGCCCCUGCUAAUGUGAUGUUAAUAAAAACCAAAUGGUGGGCUGCGGGACCCCUGAGAGCAGCCUUCAUGUGUCUCGCGCACUCCUACAAACCGAGGCGGCACGCUGUAAUAUACCUACACCUGCCUGCAUCAGCAGAAAGCACACACACACUCACACACACACACACACACACACAGGUGGUGAUAUGAGCAGUUAUGGUUGUGCUGCCGGGGUUAUUACACUUGGUUUAUUUAACGAUGCUAUCAAUGGCCGGGUGAACAGAGGUGCAUGCUGGGAUGAAUCACACAAAAGCUUGGUGGAUAUCCAAAACACUGCGAGGACUCACUCACAGAGAGCGCACAUGUUCGCAGACGUAAUAAACACUGACAGUCUCGUCUCUUUGCUUCUCUGUCUCUCAUUAGCACACAAACACACAGAUGUUAGCUGUUUUUUCGCUAAACUGCUCUAUGUGUUGUUGUGCGCCCUUUCUCAUGAGGAACAUUAUUAGCCAGCUGCUCAGUCCCACAGCUGCUGAUGCCGUUUUCUGUGUGCUGUGGGCGCUAAAAACACACACUCCUGCUCAAACAUGCACACGCAGACGGCUUUCGAGAGGGAAAAGCCUCGUGCCCUUGCAGGUUACAAGCCGCAGUGAGAGGCCAGAGGAGGUUUUCGACACUGUUUGCUGUCUGAUGUUAAUCAAUUAGCAGACAACUGACUGAGCUGGAGCCGUUACGCCCAGAGACACAGACAGACAGGUACAUAGGUAGACACUUAAAGAGGAAGAAAACUCUUGGCAAGAAUUACUGUUUUGUCAAGCUGGCGCCAACACCUCGAGGAUUUGAGUGUGUGUUUUCGGUCUGUGUAUUAUCCAUCUAUUCAGUAAUUUCAUUCAAUCUAGUAAACGAAAAAUGAAAAAACGAGUCAAUAUUUUGAUUAUUUGUUUUUCUGUAUAACCAAAAAGUAAAAAAUAUAUGAUAGAGAAGGAAAUGAAAACGAAAUAAUAAAGGUCCUUACACACUGGGAACGACGCAAAUGUACGACGAAAUAAAAAUUAUGAAAUAUUUGAAGGCGAAUUUUGACGCGUCUGACUAUACACAUCAAGAGUGAUGCGAUUUUAGGACUGUUUUGAACUGAAAAUACGAAAACAAACACUAAUCUUUUAUUUUUUGGUUAUAUAGAAAAACAAAUAAACAAAAUAUUGACUCGUUUCUUUCACACACCUGUCUCUUUAUUUGUUCUUUUUCGAAUUCAAGCCUAAUGAAUGCAAGAAUGUGUAAGCACGAGUGUGUUCCUGCAUGCAAGUGUGCUUUGUAUGCAUUUCAUACAGGCAGGCCAGAUGAGCCAUAUUGCAAGGGUCAGGUCUUUCUGGGCUCAGCUAACCUCAACCUCCUAAGACCUAACAUCUGCCGGGGUCAGGCAGGCAGCUCAGGGAAGGCUCAUGAUCAGCUGGAUGCUAGUGCUCAUGUUCCAGCUAACUACUGGCAGGAGACGAGGGCUUCUGUGUGUGUGUGUGUGUGUGUGUGUGUGUGUGUGUGUGUGUGUGUGUGUGUGAGAAAAGAGAGAGAGUCCGUGUAUCCAAGCAAGUCCAGCUCCAGUUCUUUGAAUCAGUCCGUUUGGUUUUAGAUCCCCGAGUUGCUUCAGGCAAACAAGCAGUGUAGGGUUUGGUUACACAACAUUAUGUAUUGAUUAGGCCGUGAUUUAGCGGUCUGUUUAACACAGCUUGGUGCUUCUGGGUUUUGUCUUCAAACACACUGAGAUAAUGGGGACUUAUUUAACAAAGUGCAGCUACUGUCCGGCUCCUACACUUCUGAUUUAUCAGUUCAUAAAACAGUUUAUAACAUGAUAUACAUUAAGUUUUAUGCGCACUUUGUUUCACAAUCGCACUUGUCUAAUUAGUAAUCACUGUUCGGCAUAUAAACUUUAUAUCCCUCAUGCAGCUGCGCAGCUUGAUGAAACAAUGGAAAGAAAACACAAGAUGCACACCUGCACUAGAUACCAGAAAUACUUGGUUUAUUUUGAAGCUCUUAUUCAUUUAUUUAUUCAUUCAUUUGAUAAGCCUCUGAUGAAUAAGCCCCAUGAUAAAUUACUGAUCUUCUAAUUUUGUAUUCAGCCCCUUAGCUCACUCACUUCCUUCUCAAAACAACUCCUCUAAUCCCUCAAUCACACCUUAAACCCAAACACAAUGAGGCUGCUUUAUCGCUUUGGAGGAGGCUCAUUUUUACACUAAAUUAUCAGCUUUUUUUUUUAAACAUGUUUUUGAUUUCUUAUGUUUGUGUUUAGUUUAGUUUUUUUGUUUGUCCACUCCUUCGUCAUGUUGCUUUUUGCUUCGUUGGUGCUUUAAUUAAAUUCUUCUCCUUCCUGUUUAUUGUGAUCCUGGUUUGUCAUCUCUCAAACUGUGAGUAUUUGACUUGUUCUCAGUCUGUCCUCUUUUCUUUCUGUUGUUUAUCUCUCUCCAGGAGACUACGUGGUGCUGACUGUCUUCUUUGACCUGAGCAGGAGGAUGGGCUACUUCACCAUCCAGACCUACAUCCCAUGCACUCUGAUUGUUGUCCUCUCCUGGGUCUCAUUCUGGAUCAACAAGGAUGCCGUACCUGCCAGGACAUCAUUAGGUGAAAAGAAAACUAAUAGUUAUCAUUGAAAAAUGUUAUAAUUUCUGUAAUUCUCAGUUUAGAAAAGGUCUUAUUAAUGCUCACAUCGCGCUUUAGCAUGAAUUUGGGCUCUUCAAGUGAAGAGAUGGCUCAUUAACAAUUGUAUGAUGCUAUAACACAUUUAUAAGAACUUUACAAGCAGUACUACAAUUUAAAAGUUAAUUGUCUUUCCUUUUCAAAACAUUAAACUAUUUUAUGAACUUAUUCAGAGAUUUUCAAAACCUACUCUGUCCUUAAAACACAAAAGAAGAAGCCAAAAUCUCAAUCUGUGCACAAUAUAACGUACAACGUAAAGUUGUCAGAUUAAAAUGUUAUUUAACAAAGAAUUUAAAAGACGCUUUUUUUUCUUGCAUUAAAAGGAUAUGCCAGCGUAAAUUUAAGUUAUAGUCAAACUAACCGUAACACUGAGUUAGACACCCCCUCGAGAGACAAAUGUUGCAGACCGCUUGCCUCUCCAGUUAUACCAACUUUAGUAACGACCACACGAUAGCAAUACACAGCCAUCUACGUCUCCACGCACAAACCUCAACCAAAAAGCCACUCUAUAGCCACAAAUAAUGCUCAGAACAGCACCAAACUUCAUCAACAGUACACAUAGGGUCCCAGACAUAAUGACCAAACACGACUCACCCACUCUCCUCCAGAAGCCGCUUGUUUGUGGGGAACCCCUGACAAGUUGAUCACAGAGUGCAGCGGAUCUUUUCCAUUAAGUAAUAAUCAUUAUGAUAAUCAUUUUGCACUGCAGAUAUGGUAGUUCUUCUGCCCCAAGAAAUAAUCAUAAAUGUUCUUCCUUGAGCUGUGAAACUCUGCUGCACUCGGUGAUCGACUCAUCAGGGCUAGCACUAUGGCUGGGACCCUAUGUGUACUGUUGAUGAAGUUAGGUGCUGUUCUGAGCAUUAUUUGUGUCUAUAAAGUGGCCUUUUUGUUGAGGUUUGCGAGUGGAGACGUAGACCGCUGUGUAUUGCUAUCAUAAGAUCGUUACUAAAGUUGGUAUAACAAGAGAAGCAAGCAGUUGCCAACAUUCAUCUCUCGAGGGGGUGUCUAACUCAGUGUUAUGAUGUGUUUGACCAUAACUUAAAUUUACGCCGGAAUAUCCCUUUAAGGUUUAUUAAUGCUUUGUAAACCAUAAUUUUACCAGGCAUUAUGCUCACUGUUUAUAACAAUAACUAUAAGCUAUUUUUAAUGCCUAUAACGUUCAUACAGGUUUGUUUUAAAGCCUUCUCUAAAUGUGCUUAGUGUUACUCCUAUUUCUGCUAUCUGCUGUUAUUGCAGCAAGUAAUUAAAACCUUUGGGGAAAAAAAAAAGGUCAGCGUGAAAUAUUUUGAUGUUUAUUCAAGUUUCUUUCAAGCGCUUCAUCUUUUUUUGUGAUUUUAGAUGCCAUAUAUCCUCUAAUCGCGUCUUGACAGAGUCUUUGUUGGGAAUUUCCCUUCUAUGUGGGUGUCCUAGCCCAAACAAACAAACAAAUGCCCCAGUUAAAUCAGCAGGUUUCAUUAGCUACUAUGGCCUUAAUUACUCCCUGCUGUGAAACACAUCAAGAAGCCUGUGGUGGUCAUUCCUCUCUUUCUCGAUUCUACCAUCGUUCCUCCUCCUCUGAGACAGGGCAGCUGAGAAGGAAUCUAGUCCAUCUUGAUUAGAGGAGCCUUUCCUGCCACAUAUGUUUUCAUGCAUGCCUUAAUGAGGCAUUAAUUAUGCAAUACAGCAUGCAGAGAUGCAGCCUCAGCACAAUAAUAAUGCAGGUGGCCUCCUCGCCGCAUGCAAAAAAAAAAAAGGACAUGGGGGGUGAAAAAAGAGGGCGAGAUUUCAAGGAAAUUUGUCAACUUCUGAACUCGCCCUUGGCAUCCAGUGGACAUGCUCAGAAGUUCGCUCGGAAAGCAGUUACUUCUGGCUUAGUCAGCUCUUCUUAAAGCUCUAAAUCCUGACCUGAAGUCCAUGUGAUGUGAUCAUUAGCGAGCAUAACUGAAUGUAAAGCAAUCCCUGCAGGCAGAAACCCUCAUUCUCUACCCCACUAUCAUCAGUACUUCCUACAUCAUUAAUCUCUCUAAAAAUAGCUUGUUGUGUUUGCUCCUCCAGCUCCAGACAUGAUUUGCAGUCGAAAUAAAAACACUAUUAAUUCCCUGCUAAAAAUGUACCAGGAGUCAAAUUUCUUAAUUUUCUUUUGAAAGAUGAUGCAGGAGGUACGGGAAACCAGGUGGUGAGGAAGAGGAUUAAUGCAGAUGACAUAAUUCUUAAUCCUUCAACGCCAUCCAGAAAUAUAUCAAUUCACUCACAAUACUGCUGCGUUAAUCUUGGUGCAGACUGAUGUCUCUCAGUUCACGGUAAAUUUAGACAUAAAUAAUCUCCUCCAUAAAACUCCCCGUACAUGUUGGCUGUAUUCUAAAGGAAGGAGGCGCUCUUUUCAGCUGCUUGUUUGUUGGUGUUUGAGAGUUGUGCAAUGCUGCUGCUAAUCUGUUGUCUCUACGUACUUAAGAGAAUAAACACAUUUUCUGGUCAUGUGCCACCACUUCUCCUCCAUCUGCAUCAUUAUUAGAGACAGACAGAGUGAUUACAGCAGGGUGGCUUAUCAGAUAAAGACGUGGAGCGUGCCUGUGAGUGUGUGUGUAUGUGUGUGUGUAUAUGUGGGGGGGUCAAUGGGAGAUAAAUCGGAAGAGGACAGUAAAGCAGCUUGUCAUUUCUUCCCGAUGCCCUUUGACUGGUAAAAACAUGCAAUCAAACACACGGAUUAAGUCCUCUAUCAUACAUUUCCUUUAAAAAGAAAUUAUAAACUCGCAAAACUUCCCCUUGUGGGAUUAAUAACGGAGUAUCUUAUCUUAAAACUUUAUUUGUUUGAAAAAAAUCAGCUCAUAAAAAGUGAAAUCUAAACAAAUUUGUGACUUUUUGUUUAUUCCACCUUAUGGCUGUAAAGUCUUAAGUCAACUGGUCGACUUAUGCUGCAUUCCAGCUACCACGGAAGUCAGAAAUCUGAGCUGAAAUGACGUCACACCCGAGUUCCCAUCGUUUCAGUCACCAAGUCGGAAAAAAGCAAAAUCAGAGGUGGAAACAAAAUGGCUACAACUACAAAAGUUAUUUUAGCGCUAAAAUAACUAUCGGAGAUGUAGCUAUCUUUAUUCCGACAUGGUAACUGAAACGCAUGUAACUCGGGUGUGAUGUCAUUUUCAGCUCGGACUGAGUUGACCAAAAUUUUGACUGGUCGACUCCUUUUUUGUCCGCGUCAAUUUACAGUCUAUGGUUAAGUUCAUCUGGAGGAACGUACCAAGUGCUGAUGGGGGUGUUUUCAGAGCACCCUCUUUUCACAGGUAACAGCCUGUCUCAGAACACCCCCCUUGUUUUCACUAUUUUGGUUUCGCUCAGCUAGAGGCAGGAAGAUUGAAGAGCACCCACGUUCAAUCAACAUCCGAUGGUUUGCUGAAUAUUUCUUUUUAUUUUAAGCGUUUUAACUUCCCUUUUGUGUUUGAUUGCCUUCUUGUACUGAUAUCUGUAUAUUUUCACCCCACCGAGCCGCGCUCCGCCGAGCCACGUCGUCCCAGAAGGGGUGUGCCGUAGUCGAUUUUUGGUCCAAAAUUUCAGGGUUUUAUCAGAAAAACCCACAGGAUCCGGAACGCAUUAUAAUCAAUGUGUGUCAUUCCACAGAAUCCGUCCACUAUCCUGCUCCGCUGGGUAUCGGCUCCCGUGUCCGGAUCAGAUACGCUAGACUUCAAUUUUUGCUGGACGUUGGAGCACGGCACAUCAAUUUAGUACAGCCCAGCACAAGCAGCAGCGGAAGUUGUAUGCAGAGUAAAAUAUUCAGUUAAUUUUCGAAAUAAAAUGAAGUCAAUACAUUGAACUGUUCUUAACUUGGUGAUAGGAGAGGCCAGGGUUGUGGGUGUUUAUAAACACCACUGUUUAUAUACACCGAUCGGCAGAUCUCAGUCUAUGACUCCAAGAUCUCCCCCAGUCUCGCAAUAAAUAUCGGUAAUCUCGCCAAGCGCUUCUCCUCCGAUGGCGGCGGUGGAUUGGAUCCUGUAUGCUUGCAUAUCUGAUCUGUCUGCCGGUCCAGAGCAGAGUGGAGCCGUUCCGGAUCCAGUGGGAUUCCCGGGUUAGUCGACCAAGAAUUUCUUUGGUUGAUUACAGCCCUACUCCACCUCCUACCAAACAGCCCUUCAGACAUAUUUAAGUAAAAUAAACAUAAAUUUAGUCGCAGAUGUGUUAUUGAAUAUUCACAGAUGGACUUUUUUGUGAUCUUAUUCUUUCUCUCCCGAUCUCACUACCAGGCAUCACAACUGUGCUGACCAUGACCACACUGAGUACAAUUGCCAGGAAAUCCCUUCCCAAGGUGUCCUACGUGACCGCCAUGGACCUGUUCGUGUCCGUCUGCUUCAUCUUCGUCUUUGCCGCACUAAUAGAGUACGGCACGCUGCACUACUUUGUCAGCAACAGGAAGCCGAGCGCCAAAAAGGACAAGAAGAAGAAAAACCCGGUGAGCGUCUUUUUGUAUAACUGUUGCAGCGAGUUUCACGAUGAAGCUAGAAAAAAUUAGUGUUUUUACGAAAGUAAAUACCAUAUGUGUCUCAUAUCUCCACAGUGUUUGCAUUAUCCUUUAUUUAGGUGAAAGAUCAAGUUCUUCCUACACACUCUCUCCGCCCCUCCCCCGCUGCAGCACAGCACUUAGAUAAGCCUUAGAAAAAAGAAAAAAAAAAAGGUUUACACGGUCGAGUAUCCCUAAGGGAGCAUCUUCCCAAGGGUUACUACGUCAAAUUACUCAAUGAGCGAGCCGUGUUGCUCUAACCUUUUCAUAAUCCAGCACACAUCUGUUAUGGUUGUAAUUUAGACCCGUGUCACAUGACAAGGGCAGUUCUUAUGCUUGCCUCAUGUAAGGUUAAAAUCCAUCAAGGGAUAAUGGCGGCUCGGCUGAAGGGUUAUGGUGAUUCUACAGAUAAAGGAAGCUGAAUAAAUUAACCCUGUACUCAAGGACUGGCCCUUCUCCUUUCUCAGAAGUAGGAUUACAACCAGGAGGUGAAAUAAGGAAAAAAGGGUUAAAAUUUACCAGGUGAAGUCUAUGCUUGAAAACUAGACUUUAUAAAAAAGAUGAAACAGAACUAUUUUGUGAUUAAUUAGGGUUAGUCAGGCCACUGUUUUCAAGCCUCUAGAUCAUUGGUUCCCAAAAAGUGUGCCAUAGAACUUUGUGAUUACCAUACAUUAUUAAUACAAAAUACAACUACACAACAAUAAUUACUUUUUCAUUUACUGUAUAAGUACUUUGUAUGCACUCGUUUUAUAAAACAGAGGCAAACGCUUUACCUAAAAACAAUUCUUUAAAAAAAAUCCUCAGAGAGAACCACGUAUUUCACUGCGAGAAUUAUAAAACAACCAGUAGAUAAUUAAGCAGAUUUAUAGAUAUGUUAUAUGAUAUGAGUGAUCAUACAUGCUCUACAAUAACACGUAUUAUGAAGGCUAUUUUGCACAAUAGGUGUGCCUUGAGAUUUUUACUUGUCCUUAAGUUUGGGAAGCACUGCUCUAGAUGACAUUAUGGCCGUAGGGAUGGGAAGUAAUCAUAUCAGGCAUGAGGGCAUCCCAGCAUCCCUGUCUAGAGUCAAAGGGAGCCACUCCUGUAAGAGGAUCCUGUUUUAUUAUCUAGUUAACUGUAAAUAGGGCCAUCAUUGCUGACAUUGAGUCAGUCAGAAAUAAGCACAAAGAUGGGUCUGUGGGUCUUUGUGUAGAGUUGAUAAAUGCUACAUACUACUUCAGUACAACUUCAUUUCCAUCUCCUUGAUCAAAAAAAUGCCAAAACACACUUUGCUGUCCAUGUUUGUUGAGAAUUAUACAGCAGUAGCUUACAACCCGAGCUAUUGUUGGGUAGCUUUGACACAAAAAUCGGCCGAUAUUUUAAGCGUACAAUUCCUGAUUACUAAGUAGUUACUGGUAAUUAACUGGAUUAACCAACUAGUAACUGUGGCACUGAUUGUUGUCGACCAUAUUUGCACAUUCUCAGUAUUGAAAAAGGCUUGAAAUCACAUUCAAAGAGUUAAAGUCUUUAACGUCAGGAUGUUUCUUUGAAAUUUGGCUCUGCAGUUAUUAUAUCCUCUGACUUUUCUCAUUUUGGGGGAUGAUUGGGCGUUCUUGUGUCAGCCUUCGAAACUGAGAUCUUGCACAUGGUCUUGCCGGUCAAAUAAAUGAACGAUGUAUUACCAGUUUUUAGGGGAUUUUCGAGGUCCUCUGCACCACUCUUCAAGAUAAACGAAGGAGUGAGUAUGCAGAAAGAGAAGAAAACUCCUGUGAUGUUCAUGAAUUGUUAAAAAUGUGUAAAUUGAGGAGAUAUGAAACUGUUUUUUUGUUUUUUUUACCGUGUGUCUGCUGAUGUGAUAAAAUGCUGAGUUAUUUAUCAGAGACAUUUAUCAGAUUUCCUCCUGCCAGUUUCUUUAUCAGUUAAAUUUGUUUCUUUCACAGCAUCUGUUCUGUUUGAUGAGGUUGUCUAAGACGAAUGCUCUCUAACACACUUUUAUAUCCACAGGGAGUAUCAUCUGAACUCUGCAUUUUGGAUUGUCUUUACUUAAUCUCUGUAGUUUUGUCUGCAAUUUAAUCGUUUUUUUUCUCCAAGGUGAUGCUGAAGCAUGUGAGAUACAUAUAUAUCCCACCAUGCAUCUCCCCUUGUCUCUGUUUGUAACAUGUUUGUCUCUCUACAGUAUAUUUCUCCUCUCUCCAUUUUUAUUUAGACAGUACAGUGCUUGUAAUUUUCACACAUUAUCUUGUUUUUUUCUGUUUAUUUGUCUUUUUUUUGUUCGUGUGUUCUCUGUUUACAUGUCUUCUUUGUGUUUUGUUUUUUUUGUUACUCUCUUCCAACUCCACAUAUUCUUUGUUUCCUGUCUGGACAAAAGCUCCUCCGGCUCUUUUCCUCAAAGGUAUAUUGCCUGUGUCUGACUGCAUGUGUCUGAUGCAUUUUGGCUCUUUGAGCCCCGAGCACCUCACUGCUUUUUUGUCUGUUCUCCAGCAGACACGCCUCCUUCUGUUCCCCUCUUUAUCUACCUGCAUUUCCUCACUAGUUACUGAAUUAGGUAUCAGAGAUGACAUUUAAAAAAAAAAAAAAGGGGUACUCUGCAGUGCACAGUGCGGAGGCAGCCAGCCAGACAGAGUUAAGCCGUUUUUUAAAAAAUUCUAAUAAGCAUCCCACACAUCCCAUGUCCAGAGGAAUGGAUUAGUCCAGGCCCUGUGUGGACUCAUUCUGGCUCCCUCUGUCCUGUUACACUCUUUGUUGUUGUUGUUGUCGUAACCACAGUGAACUAGCAGCUGCUGCGAUAGCUUCCUCUUCUGUCCCUUCUCCUCCUGCCAGUAAAUCUAUACCUGUGUGUUUGUUGGGCUUCUCAACCUGACGCUUCCUACAGAGUCAGCAGAGCCUUAACAGACUGAAACAGACAACCCCUGCACUGUGUUAAGUCCAAUUAUACUUGGAGGUCCAUUCAGAAGAUUAGCGCAUGCUAAUCUUUAAACACCCAAAAAGCAUCCGGGGUGGGCGGGGGUGGGGGGAAAGCAAAGAUCUAAAUUUAUCAACACACACAAGUCAGGAUAAUCUGCUUUUCCACAUGGAGGUCAAGCGUACUUUAAAGUUUAUUUAGUGGCAUUUUUAAGGGUCGGAUCAGUUAGAUUUUUAACCAACGCAUGAGGCUAAAUGUGCCGCUUAAAAUCCACCUGCAGUAUUUAAACACCACUAUUAAAUAUUUAGUGUAAGCCAGAUAAGCAAGGGAUCCUCCUCGUCCUCUGUUAAUGGUGCAGACUGUUUUCAGGCUCUCUUUUUCUCUGGGAGGUUGUCUACUUUCAGCCGGUUAAAGUUGCCAAUGCCACUGUGUUGUUUCUUUGUCGUUAUUUAUUAUUAUUUUUUUAUGUCUUUGCUAACACAAACUCAGCACAGCCCAGCUUGACCAGGCCAUGCGGCAGGAUGCUCUUAAUGCUCCUUCUGCUUGAGCUUUUUUCCACUGCGCUUUUCUCCAGUGCAACCAAUCCCCUUUGAGAACUGAGUCAUAACCUGCUCCCGCUAAUCCCCUCAUUAACUCAACAUACUGUCCGCUCAAUAAGGACAAAAAUGCUGAAACUAACCCCCACCCCCUCCCCAUGUCGCUUUGUCUGUGGUUAUGUAUGGUUUUCAAAGGGACAGUAGGUUUGUGCACUAGUGCUGUGCAAGACUCCCAAGUUCUAGGGAAUGAACAGUCCAAUCAAGUUUAAGUAUUUUAAGCUUGUUUGAGGAUGCAUGCUUACAGCAGAUAAUGUUAUGUUCCGGCUAAAACUGCAAUGACCUAAUUUUUCGCAGCAAGCAUGCGUAUUGUAGAUACACAGAAACGGGGGCAAAAACAUUCACGUGGCAGAAAAAGGGGGAUAAAAUAUUUCCUGUUUUCUUGGUUUUGAAUUUAAAAAGCAGGGAUAGAUAUUCAGACGUAUGUUGUUUCCUCACAAGAGAGAGCAUAAAGCUGUUUCACUGCAGCUAUUUUUAAGAUAACUGUCCCCAUGUUGCCAAAAAAGCAAAACAUAAAGAAGGAUUUUAAUGACAGCUCCUGGCACUUUUUUUUUUUUUUUUUUUUUAAAGAGGGAAAGCGGUGAAGCUAAAUUAUUAGAAGUUGAACUCCGGAGCAUGCUCAAGUCACUGUGUCUUCUUUAAAUGAUGAGCUUGACACCGCGAGUUUAUCAGCAAGGUCAAGGAAUGUUCCACUGCUGCCAGAGGCGAAGGGGGGAAGCAUUUAAUCUGCCAAACAGCCCGAGCUCCAAUUUGUGCAAAGGUGGCAUGGUUUCCUGAGAUAAAAGCUGAUGAAAACCUUCAGUUUUGAAUGCUAAUUGUCUUCCAAGAGCCACAGACGUACUGAUGUCACUGUCCUAUUUUAGGAAAAACCUCACAAAUGAAAGCCAUGUGCCCUCCAGUGGUGAGCACAGUUUGCAAAAAAGGAGAGAUUCGUUUUAACCCAUUUAGUGACCGAGCAAGUGGGCUGGAGAAAUAUUGAGCUGUGUGCCGCACAUCUGCCAACACAUGCUCCUCCCUAAGCUUGGCUUUAUGAUGCAUCAUAAGCCAGUUACAACAUAUCUUGAAAAUGCAUUUCCGGGGAGGAAAGGAGGGGGAAAAAAAGAAAAUGCUUCCAAGAGCCGUACAGGUUUAAAUCGUGCCAUUUUGUUGAGUCAGUCAAAACAUUUUGCGCUUCAACUAACGUGGUCUAGUGUUUUGGAAAUGUUGUGCAACAGUCGGAGCAUAAUCUAGAUAAAAAAUUGAGUGGCAUUGCCCAGAACAGGCUUAAUAUAGCAGCUAAAUAUAGCAGUGUGGUCCACCGCACUGUAAAAAAACAAUAUUGUGAUUGCCUGAGCAGCCAGCUCCACUCCAGCCCUAAGGUGUAAUCGUCAUCAUGGGUUUUCCACCUAGACUGACCUGUUGUCGCUGUCACCCUCACAUAUUACAACCACAGGUGGUAGUUACGGCUCCACAACAUUAAGAGGAUCCAUUGGCGAGUUGAAGGUGCAAAUUACAUCGCACUGACUAAAUACAGGAGUGAGAGAAAGAUAAACGCGGCGCAAAUUAGCUCCCGUUGUCAUGUCAGUUAGGUCUUUAAUGGUGGCCCCUCCACGGCUCUGACGGCUAACUGUGUCGUUCUGUCCUGUCAAAAGCAGACACCCACGGUAGACAUCCGCCCACGCUCUGCCACGGCCAUCCAGAUGAACAACGCCACGCACAUGCAGGAGCGGGACGAGGAGUACGGCUACGAGUGUCUGGACGGGAAGGACUGCACCAGCUUCUUCUGCUGUUUCGAAGACUGCCGCUCGGGAGCCUGGCGGCACGGGAGGUUGCACAUCCGCAUCGCCAAGAUAGACUCGUACGCACGCAUCUUCUUCCCCACCGCGUUUGGUCUCUUCAACCUGGUCUACUGGGUCUCCUAUCUCUAUCUCUAGGCCUGGGUGUGUAUCCAGCCUUAUCAUACGGUUCAUUUCAUUCGAUAUUAUGCUCUGUGCCAGCAAGAGACAUCCUGAAGGAGGGGACCCACUGCAACACAAGAUGAUUUAGUUCGAAGCAUUUCCUUUUAACUCUUGGGUUUUUAAUCUCUCAGUAUAUCCAGUCAUGUCAUCCGAAAUCAUGACAGACACUGCAAAUGUUGUAGCACUACAUAUAUAACUGGUAUGAGAAGGUUUGUAGAUGUGUUGUGGAAACUUUGAUUGUGUGAGAGUCUUAGUUUUGUUUUUCAGGAGUUGAUUUUGAACUUUUUUUUAUUACCUGUUUCUCUAAAAGGGGGAGGGGUUUUACAUAUUUCUUUCUUAUCAGACAAAAACCACAUUCCUCCACAGUAGACAGCUGAAAUGCAGAUCAUCGCAAAAAAAACAAACAAACAAACAAACACACCUACCAGAAAAAUAUCAAUGACAGUAAAAGUCCUUACACACUGGGAGCGUUUUUUUUGUGUGAUUAUUUCGGUCGUCUAUAUUUUUUUUCGAACCCGUGUCCUGUCAACACAAGCGUUCACAUCAGCGACGUUUUCCCGCACUGCGAUAUUGCGGCAUUUAUUUUUUUGUAUCAACGUCAAAUUUUCUAAAGUUUCGCAUACUGUGUGUCCACUUCUGACCAAUCAGAUUUCAUGUUGUUGCAACGUCAGAUUCACUGGUAUAUCCAUCAUCAUACGUUUAUGAAUUAUAGAUUAAUGUGCUUAUCUGGUUCUGGCCUCGACUCAGUACAUGCUAUCAUGACAGACAGUUAUCUCAACACUAGUGUCUAAUCAGAACUGAAAAACAGUCAUUCUGCUGUUGUGUUUUCUGUUUCUAGUAACUGUGGCAUAUGGUAGCUCUUAUUAUUUUUAAAAGGGGUACCAAUUCACCAUCACUUUAAGUUGAAGUAGACUCCACUUUUGUCUUCAUGCUUCCACCCGGGACGCGUCUUUUUUCCCCCCUGGAAAGUCGCAAAAUCUUGUCGCUCUAGAUGUGAAUAGCCAGGCGUGUCAAAAUUCGCCGACUAAUAUCUCACAUUUUCGCGUCUUAUAUUUGCGUCGUUCCCAGUGUGUAAGGACCUGAACUCCGUCUGGUCACUUAAUUUUCUUUCUUUGACUCACUAAAAACACUAAAUCUGAAGCACUUUAAGAGAGCUAUGUUAGACAGUCGUAUUACAGUUCAUUUAGAUGACGCUAAUUUAUCUUGAUUUACUUCGAGGUGUCGGCACAAUGACUCAUUUUUUAUGUGUGUUCAGAGAGAGAGAGAGAGCGAGAUGAUGCUGUUUAUGAACAAUGCUAACCUGUACAGACACUGUAUAUAUUUUACUAUUACAUAGUGGUUUACAUUUAUUGCAUGCACCUUUCAGGCCAAAAAUCAACAUGUUUUAUGGUCUUCUAUUGUUGGCUAUGGGAACUACAAAAAAAGAGCACUGUUGAUUAUCAUUCAGGAUUUAAUUCUACUUUUUCUAGGAAAACUGGAAAAUUCAUCAGGGGGGGAAAAAGUGCCCAGUUCAUCUUUUUAAGUUAAAGGGAUCAUCUUUGCAUACAAGUGGGAGGAACAGAGAAGAACAGGCCAGACGACUGGUUAAAAUCAUUUUCCUCACGGACAUUAGCUCACUGUAUAGACAACACUGACCUCUCACCCCCUCCUCCACUUGCUGUUAAAAGCGAGCAUUUACAUAAUGACAAACUGCUGUUGUAUUUUGGUUAUGCAAGCUUUUACCAGGGGUGCUGCGCUUAAUAUAAAAAGAAAAAAAAAAAGAAAGCGAGCUUUUCAUUUGUUUUCCUUUUACAUUAGCGGACGGAGGGAUAACCGCAGCUGCAUUUUGCCUUUGAGUGGAGGAAUUCAAACUAAUCUACUCUGUAAUGGAAAUGUCAAUACAGACAACUGGAGGGGAUUUGGCGAUCUCUGCAAUAGACCAGGGUUCUUCCUCUAAGUGUCAUUCGGUUUCAUUGAGCAACCAAACAAAACAAAAAAGAAGAUGCAAAACUAUGAACACAUAAAACGAUUGACACUUAAGUAAGAUUUCCUUUCAUGAAGAAACUGAAUGUUUGAAAUCGAUUCACCAGCUGGGCAGAAAUUCAUUGAUUUUUUUUAGUAACACUUUUCAGCAAGGGUGCACAUUUUAUACUUAAUUGAUGCACAAGUAACUCACAAGUCAUGAUUAUUUAAUGCAUGAAUUAAUAUACAGGAUGAAUCAUUAAUUUUUGUUGCUCACAGUUAAAUCCUAAUGAAGUCACUCUGACAUCAUUUAAUGAGUUCAUCUUUAAUAUAUCAUUAAUUAAGGACACUUAAUUUGCCAUUUCUUCAGACAUUAGUCAGUAUGGAUAACAUUAGCCAGACAUAUCAGUUUAUAUUAGUGUCAUGUAUUUAUUUAGCCUCUCUGAUUACAGGGAGGGUUAAUAAAUAUGAGUGUACAGCGCAGAGAGAGGUUUCAAAUAUGAUGCAACUUAAAUUCUGGAUUUUACAGUCAUUAAAAAAUGUACGGAUUGUACCUUUAAUAGUUUUUGAACGAAGACUGCAGGAUUAUAAUAUUAAAAAUAAAAAGUAAACAACAUAGAAUUCUCAAUAAAACUUUAAGUGUAUGUGAAUGAAUGUAGGUUACCUAAGAACAGCACCCUCUGGUGACGGGCUGCAGUAUAGGUCAUAAAUCCUGCCUCCUCUAGCAAUCCCUAUAAAGCUGUGGACAAACUUUAGAAAUCAAUUACACAGAAUAUACAUUUUUCUCCCCCCCUGGUCGCGAUGUUGACAUAUAGUUACUGUAAGACUGGUUUGUGCUCAAGUCCUCUUUUUUUCUGUACGGCUCCAUUUUUAAAACUUAUCAGGGGUUUCAUGUUUUCUAUGAUUGACACUUGAUACAGCCUAUAGGCGUACAAAGAUUGAGCGUCAUCACUGCGACUUUUCCGCCGAAUGCGUAAAACACUACUGAGCAAGUGGUGGUUCCAGGAAGUGGAGAAAUUCCAAGAGCAAUUCGGCUUCAAAUUCGUAUAACUACGGAAGGCGGAGACAAGUUGUCCAUCGUAGAUGUUAGGUCUAUGUUAGGCAUCAUAUAUGACUGGUGAGCAACAUGACUUAAUGACACAUCCCUGCAUGAUGAUCAUCAUGCAUGCUUGAAUUAAAGCUUCUGUGAGGGGUUUUUUGUGGACUUUAUGAAAUACAGUAAAACUCAUGUUUGAUACACAAAAGCAAAUGACCGACGGCUGCAAGACUGAAGAUGUUAUAGUUUCGUUUUUAUGCCAGUGAGAGGGGGAGGGUCAGCAAAGCAGCUGAACAUACACACACUCAUGUUUUUGACAUUUUUAAAUAUCCACAAUAAUGGAUAAUACAUUUGGCUGAAAAAAGUCAACAGGAUGAGAUGUCAGGAGUCGCUGUUUAAACAUGUGGAGGGUGAGAUAAGAAAAGACAGGGGGGUGCCAAAAAUGGUACAAACUGAAAGUCCCUCACAGGAGCUUUAAUUAAGUACAUAUUUUGUAGUCUUCUCGUAAAGUGUUGCUGUUUUGUUUUUUUUUAUAAGUUUCCCCUUUUUUCCAUUCAGUUCACAUCUGAAUACCGUUGUGUCACGCGGAGAGAAAGGAGAACACAGCCGAGGCAUCUGAAUUGUAAAUGCGGUGUAUGGUAACAUCUGACACACAUGAAUAACAGCCCCUUACAGAUGUAGUCUGAAAGACACCGAAUGGAGGCCAUGCUUCAGUGGGGUUUGUAAAACUCACGAGGAAUAGAUGUAAAUCACAUUCUUGUUUAUGUACAUAAAUUAUAAAAGGAAGAAAACAGUUGUCGAGCCCUUGAGAUUUUGUAAAAGGGUCUAUAUUUUGUAAUUUUCAGCAUUGUUAUAGUAUAUCAUCAUACAGUGUCAGACUUCUUGUAUUAUGCUGGACUGACCAUAUAGAAUACUCUCUGGGGGUUACCGGGGUAUUUAUUUAUUUAUUGAUUCAUUAAUGGUAUUUAUUUAUUUAUUUUCUGGAAAAAAAGAAACUGUACUUUAUGUUCAUAUAGCCCCUUAAAAAAAAAAAAGAAACACAGAAUGCUGUCACUUAUAUCAAUGAUACAUUUUUGUUGGUGUGUCAAUGGAGCUUGAGCCUAUUUAUCUUGUGUUUUCUAUGUUGUGAUCAAUGUAUACACUUCUCUGUCACACAGGCCUGUCACACUGUUAUAUCUGUUGAAUUAGUAAGUUGCGACAUUAUCCGCUCUGCAGCUUCUGAGUAGUAGACUUGAAUAUUUUCAGGGCGGGGAAAAAAUACAGAAAAAAUCGUUCCCAGCGAGAGGGAGGGCGGCCACCAAAAAGAAGAUUUGCUCAUCUGAGCGACACUGCCACAAGUUUACAUUGGUCUCGAAUGCAGACGUAUGCAUUUAGCAGUCGAUCUCAUACUUGUUGAACUUCUUUCCCUCUCUUGUAUUUAAUGGUGGUCCUGUUGUGUUCUGAAGCUGUCCAGACCUGUCCUCAGUGUGCACAUACUCUUAUCUCUCACAUCUUUAGGGACGUCAGUGUGUCAAUAGCGACGUAGACUGGUCAUCAUCAGUGUUCAGUAGCUUACCGAAGUGUCCGAGAGUGAUUACAUCCUAUCAAAGUGCCAAACCGACACACUCACACACACACACACACACACACACACACACAUGCAAUAGAGGAUAUCAACGUGUAUCGUCAAACAGAAACUUUGAGUCUUUUCCUGGAGGAGAUGCUGAAGAGGAGUGUUCGCUGAUGUUCCGUUGCUCAUCGGUUCAGUUCUUAUGUUCUCGUUUUUUUAGCGUAACAAAAAAAACAAAAGCUGAAGAACAACUUCUCAAAUGUAGGCCAGACUAACAAAGACUAAUCUAAAGUAUCAGGGUAAACUAGGAGACGUUUCCGAUUCAGACUGUAUCCGACUUUGUUUACAGAGCCAUCACGCUGCAAACAGGGCAUGAGUUUCAUUUUUAAUUCUUUUCUUUCUUUGUGUGUUUGAAUAUCGGUGCGAAAAAACAAAUCUACUCUGAGGUGUUUCUUUUUCAUAAUGGUCAAAGCUUGUUUAUAGUUUGUUUAAUGACAUUUUGAGUGCACUCUACUGUAAAUACAAAGGUGUAUGGGAGACAAUGAAACGUGUGUAUAUUCAGUAGUGUGCAUGUUGAUUAUAUUUUCAGCCGAGCAGGCGAUGUUUUCGAGGAAUUGGAUCUCAUUCAAAGCGUUGUUCCAUCCAGUUUCGGUCUUUUGCUUGCAUCGACAUGGACUUCUCUUCCACUGUACUUCUUUCUGACUAAGUGAUUCCUUGUUUAUUUUGGGACCCAUAAAUGAGACUUAUAUGUGAACAGCACAUGUAGAUAUUUUCUAUUGUUAUGUAUUUUGUCAAACUACAGAAAACAGAAUAAUAAUACACACUGAAACUAACAGAGCUUAGUAAAAAGGUAUCGCAGAACAAAAGAAAUUUGAUCCUAAUUCAUACAGUAUGUUAGUUGUUUGCCAUCUAUGUAUAUUUGAGUAUUGUAUAAAGGGGCACUGAUCCAUUCUGUUAGGGUCUGCAUAAUAUAUUCUACAUGUACUGGAAAAAAUCCUUUUCAUAAGGGAAUUGCACAUAGCUGUGGAAUUUUACAAUAAAAUGGUUGCAUUUAUCAAAAUU